GGUGGAGAACGACCGUAGGGGGAAUAUGAGGACUUAUUUCGCGCGGCACGGAAGGUUCUCAAGGCGCGUGCGCGCCGCGUAGGGUAGAAACAGGGGCUCUAGGGUGUGAAUUUUCUGGCGCGGCCGGAAGUGUCCGGAGAGACCUGAGCGCAGCGUCCGAUUUCUCUCCCGCACCCCCCGCCCCUCACCCACUGCGGGCACUAUGGAACCGGGAGCUUGAAGGAGGAGCUGCUUGCCUUUGCCCCAGACAUGCUAGCCGGCCCCCUUGGUGCAGGUAAGCGCGGCCAGGCGACCCCCCCCUCCGCAAAAGAACCACGGCCCACGACGCGCUCUCCCUUCGCUGGGCCCGCUCCCUCACCCGCUCUGACCUCUGCGCUCCGGGCUGCCUCGCUCCUUUAUUAUUCCCGGGUUGGAGGCCUCGACGCCCGAUGCUGCCGCCUCCUUUCCCGGGAGGGUGUAGCCGGAGCGGGGGGCUCUUCCUCGGGCUGCCUCCCACAACGGUGUGCGCGGUUGUCCCUGGCCGGGAAGCAGCUCCUCUUUCCCGGCAGACCGCUCCGGGUAGAAAGUGCUCCCUGCGGGAGAGGAGUUGCUCUUGUUUCCGGUGGAUCCUGGAGCCCCCCAUGGGGUGCUUAAGCAAAGCUAGGCCCUGCCGAGGCGAAGCAAUAUCCCUUUCCCCACUCCCACCCUCUCGAGGAAGAGCCCCUACAGCAGCUGCCUGAGUGAGUUAACGAUUGCACUCCAGUUUGUAGUUGUUGUUGCUGCUGGGCAAGGUUGGCCAGCUGGCAAAUUCUGGGUUCACUUCUUCUCCCAAUUCGGAAAUAGGUAGCAGGAUUUAAAUUUAAACAGCCAGAGACACAUGUUUAUUAGGCAAAGAUGAUGACACUGUUGGUCAAGCUCAGGUGGAUGGAAACUAUACUGAUGGCAUGUCAUCAAGAGGGACUUGAGGUAUAAAUGGAGCUAUGUGUUGUCAUGAAUUUGUUUGCGCCUGUUGCUGCUUUUACCUUUCGGCACUCCACAGCUUUCUGCAAAAAAGAGGGGUAGUUAUAGUGCUUUGCGACAGAGGAGUUGUAAAAAUCGGCAACACUGAUGUGCGAGAAGCACUUUGAAAAAAGCGCUAUGUAUAAAUGCUACGUAUUAAUGCUGUUUGUGGAAAGAGUUUAUUCCCUUAAAGCAGGGGAGCAGAACCUGUGGGUCUCCUGUUAUGGUUGGCUCCUCAUGCCCAUCAGGUCCAGCCAGCAUAGCCACAGUCACAGAUUAUAGGAGUUAUUGCUGAAAACAUUUGGAGGGCGAGAGGCUGGGGACAGCUGUCUCAUUCCAUUUGGGGCAGCUGUAGUCUGUAAUCCAGUCUGUGUAUUUACUGCCUUUCAUCCUAGUUGUUUGAAAACCUAACUUGAAAUCCUGGCUUCUUUGAAGCUAGAAGUUAUACUCUUACUGACAGGAUUUUGCUGUUUUGCCUCAUGCCUGAAGGCAAACAGCCAGUUACUCUACUCGCUGAUUUCCUCAAUUUAGUUGUUUUUUAAAGGUAUUGCUAUGAAGAUCCUGUUUUUACUAAAAAAACAGGUUUGCAAAAGGACUGCUUUUCAAAACCUGGUAAUGUAAUACCUCGGACAUAUUCAUAAAAAAGAAUUCAGUGUUGCACUCUUCUGAUUGUUCUAUCUGUGCAAGUAUUGUAUUCCCCCCAUGCAGUUCUGGGGGCUUUCCUGACCCCCCCCCCAAGCCAAUUUCAUAGGCAGGAGGAGAAAGCCUCAUUGUGCAAGUAGAAGUCCUUAUGAAAGUAGAAGUAGAAUCCUGCCCACAAUACCUAUGAAUUUGUAUGUGGUUAUAUAUUGGUUUAUGUUUUGUUUUGAAGUUCUAAAAAAUAAAAGUAAAAAUGCAGCAAUUAACCUAAGAACCUGGCAAAUUAUAGGCUCAGAUCAUGUGCACAUAUGCCAUUUUCAGCCCUCAGCAACCCAAUCGGAAAAAGUACUCAGAAUAGUAACACUUCUUGAAAGACCAUACAUAAAAUAACUUAAGAUAAUUAUUGCGGAUUAGCUGAAUAGCAUUUCUUCCCACUCUAUAUCCCUUCAGUGGUCUACAUGCCAUUCUGAAUAUAUGUGUGAGCUGUGCCCAAAGCAGCUUACAACAUUCAAAAUAUCAAAAUUCAAAGCAAUGGGGUGGGGUUGUUGCUCUUGCAAAAACAUGCAGUUGUGGUAUUUCUGCUGUGGCAAAGCAGUGUGGUUGUACAUCUAUGAACAAAAAACUCCACAUGAAGCAGAUCAAAAAUAAGUAUACCAGAGAGUAUGUGUCAUUGUUCUUGUUAUGUGAAAAUGCAGAAGAGCAAAAAGGAGAUCUUUGUUUGGGAGCACAAUAUACCAUAGUAAAAUUUUGUAAGAGAGAAUGGGGAAGGUGUCUACCUUUAUGGUGUGGUGCUGCAGGGGCAUUUUUGCAUACUCCCUCCCCUCCCAUAACAAUACCAUGCACUAAGAAAGGAAUCCUCUGGAGCACUAUUCUUUUGCAAGCGUAAUGGUAGCAGACAUAAUGAACAAGAACAAUAGAACAGUUAUGCAAAUAUAUAAGAAAAACUCAGCGUUUGAGAAAAAUAAUGCAACAUGUGGAUGCAUUUCUUGUAUUAUAAACUUAAGACCCCAGAUAAGCUGGAAGCCGGGAAUGCUUUUUGUCAAUUAUGUUUAGCGCGUAGGCUGUGCAUAUUUGGAGGUCAGUUAUCUUGCUUUAUUUAUCUGCUUUUUGUAACAUGUAAGGUUUACUACUGUAAUGCAAUUAUGUGAAUCUGCCUGUUAGACUAUUGUGCAGAAUGCCACUACUAAUUUCCUGACAGGGAAGUGGGAGCAUAUUCAACAGAUGUGGCAAAUACUUUGGCUUGUUGUUUGCAUCUGUGUCCAGCUUAAGCUUCUGGCACUUGCCCUUUAAAGCCUUUCAUUUUCUGAGACCUAAAUACUUGAGAGACUCCCCCUCUUGUUUUGAACCUCCAUACUGUCUGCAUUCUGUAGAUCCCAUGCUCUUAUGAUCCUCUUCCCUUUGUGGGUAGACUAGAAGUAGUGUCCAUACUGUAAUGGCCCUAAGUAUUACCCAUUUCGUCCAUACUGUAAUGGCCUUAAGUAUUACCCAUUUCCAAGAGGUGCAUUCUUAAUCUCAUUGCCUUCUUGAAGGUGUACGAAACCAUUUAUCUUGGUAGGCAUUCACAAAAAAAGGUUGUGUUUCUGCUCUUACUACAUUUUUGUUUUUAUAUUAUACUUAUGUAAAUGUUUGGGUUGUGUGAAGUCUGUUGAUUUCAAGCAGACAGACUGCUUGGUAAAUAUGUUUAGGAUUGAAGUGAGUGGCUCUGUUUGGUCUUAUAUAUGGAGAUUUAAAAGCUUAGAAAUACUAUCCUGGCUCCAAUAUAAUCAGAACAAUAAUAAACAAAUAGUAGUAGUUAAAAUGUUCCUUAGGUGAGUUCUAUAGGAAAGGCUUACAUUCAAAGCCCAAAGGAACCAACUCCGAAAAGAAAAUACUUGGCUUGCCCUCAAGGCUCUACAAACUUUGUUUGGAAAAAGCCAGCAGAUUUAAUUAAAUCUUUAUUACUUUAAAAAAAAACCACACACACAACCAAAACUAUUCUGUAGGACUAGGAGAAGCUUUGGGCAUGGUCAAGUAAGUUACAUAUGUUGUUGCCUCCCUUCACAUCAACUGCCCUGGGAACUCUCAGGUUGAAAGGAGGAAUACAAAUCAAAUAAUAACGGAGGAGCCUCUCCUACAGCUCUGUGUGCAAGAUAUGUCAUCAACUUCUCCAUAAUGUACUGUCCCUCUUCACCAGCUUCCUGCUCUAAAGCUCCUCCUAGAACUGGGGAGUUAAGAAUUUUAGGUGUUAGUACAGGGUCUGCUGGUGUUUGGGGUUUUUUAAACUCCAUCCUCUUCUUUCUUCUUUCCUAUCUUUUGGGUCCCAACCGUUCUGCUUCUCAAGCUCUUUUGGCUCUCUGAUCGCCCUUCAGUACAUAGCGCUAAUUGUCCUUGGGCCUUCUGUGAAGUUCCCCCAAAGUGUGCAAUGGGGAACCUGUGGAGUGUGGACCUUCAUAUGUUGUUUGAAUACAACUACUGCCAUCCCUGAACAUUGGCCGUGCUGCUGGGACUGAUGGGGUUGGAGUCAAACAAUAUCUAUAGGACCAUAGGUUCCCUAUUCCAUCCAUGUUACGUGUUUGAAGAGGUUGCCAAAGAAGCAAGAUGACACACAAUAUUUCAGUACAUUAUUAAAUUCUCCAUUAGGCUAUAAUUACUGAUGUUUGGAUUUUGGAUGUUAGGGAACAAAUUAACAGUGGCUGUGUUUGGACGAUAAUACCAUGGCUCAAUAUGCACAGACCUUCUUGCCCCUGUACUUAGCCCCAUGGCUCCCAUUCUUGGUGUACCACAGUGAGCCAGGAAGUGCUCAAUUGAUCAUAGUUGCCUGUUUCAUAUGAAAUGGGAAACGUUGCCUAGUUUGGAAUGAGGUGGUAUUCUAGACUAACUUCAAAAUACAGUUUUAGGUUCCUGGCUUAUUUGAAAUCUGCUAAUGACCAUUUCCUAUUUCAGCCAAAACAGGCAACUAUGUUCAGUUAACUUAAUGUGGUACAGCAAGAGUGGGUGCCAUGGGGACCAAACUACAGCACACUGAGAGACUGGACUACAUGCAUGUGCUUGGCCACUUCUCAGCUUAGCUAAUAAAGAUGAAUUAUGUUUCUAUUUCUGCCUAUUUCUAAAGUUGAAUUAAUGUGUAGUGUACAAACUUUAAAGUGAAGAAAAAUCUGUUGGCAUCCAAUAGAUCUUGUCUGCUUACACAAGUAGUACACCAAUUGGGCAUGGAGGGAAAUAAUUCCCUCCCUGCUUGCUGCAAUGCCCCCUAAAUUGGGUUUAAAGAGUCCCCCAACCCUUCAGAACAGAUUUAGGUAUGUGUGGUACUGCAGGGGGGGAGUAUUGAUACUUGCCUGCCUCCCUAUUCUGCUGGUGUUUUCUUUCUGUCAGCCGACAGUUACAGUAAAACCUGUAUAAUAAUUAGCCUAACAGUAAGAAGGAUAUAAAAAUAGAAUGACACCAGGGGGGAAAUGCAACAGAGAAGAGAUGAGCUUAUAUUAAAGGAGGACAAGAGGAUGCUUGCUGAGAGGAGAGAAUUUCAUGCAUCAAGGGCCAGGGGAGUGAAAGAGAUGUCAUCUGCACAGGAAAUGGCACAAGGAAAUGAAGGUUUAAUAAUAAUAAUAUCAUUUCAUGAAUGAAGGGAGAAAGGAAAAAGUAACUAAGACAGAUAAGGGGUAAGAGCAGGAAAAUACUUGUAAAGUGAAACUUAAUUGGGUCAGUAAAGGAAGACCGUGAAGAGAAGCGUUGCAUGUCAUGCUAAGCCAAAUACUGGUAAAGCAUAAACCUAGUGGUUCCCACAGGGCAGAUUCUGGCCACUUUGCUCCUUUCCAGUCAUUUCACUGCUGUGCAGUGCUGUGCUAAGCCAUAGUGUGGCUUAUCGUGUCAUCUGAAGGUUAAGCUCCCUCCAGACUAACCAUGAACUAUAACCAAGGUUUGUCCUAUGGCUUAGCCGAAUUAUAAUUAGCAUAUUUAAAGGACUACAUGUUCUAAUGAUCCCACCCACUUAUUGAGGUCCCUGGGGAGGUCCUGUUCUGUGUUCCACUAUUGUGGCUGGGAAGUGCAGUUGGGAAUGUGGAACAAUGCCUUCUCAGUUGUAGCAACCAGACUCUGGAACUUCCUCCUUCCCCUAUUAAUUUUUCAUCACUAUUUUCUGUCCUUUAAUAUGUCCUUUAGUUGCCCCUCCUGUAUUUGGUAGUUUUGAUGCGGCUGACUUUUUCUGUGGCUGAUUUUGCUUCAUUCUGUGCUGCUCAAAAUUUUAUCUUGUCUGUCUUUUCUUAAUAAAGCAACAUGGUUUUUGAAAAUUCUGCUACUUUGUUUUAUUGUAUGCUAUUUUGAGGAUACCUUAAACAGAAAAGCAGUUUUAAAACUUCAGUUUACACAGAGCAAAAACCAGAUUGGGAAGUGUCAAAAGGGGAAUUGGAGAAACAAAGCUGAGGCAUUGGUUGUUGAAGUGUAGGAAUGAAAGAGAGAACAGAAAAAGAAUAACAGUUCUAGGGAGGAGGAGGAUUCAGAAGGCUUUUUAAAGUAUCAGGGGAAAUAGCAUAGCGUAUAUAAAAGCAAAGGGAACAACACCAGAAGAGAGAAAGAAAUGGAGAAAAGGACAGGAAGGCGGGGACAGAACAAGAGAUAUACUGGAUAAAGUAAAGAGGUAGUGGUGGGAUUAACUAAAGAAGAAUGUUGUCAGAAGCAGAAUAUAGAGAAUAGCAAAAGGAGGAUGAAGAUUCGGCAAGAGUGACAGAGAAUUAUAUCAGAAUAUUGCAACCCAACGAAGAAGAGCAUAGUUAAAGAGAGCACUUUUACUGAUAAAAAUAAGGCGAGAUGAGUAAUAUUGCUUAGAAUUAAAGUACGUGAGCAGAAUGAACGCAUAAAUUCAUAAUGAGUGGAGUUACUGAGAUUUGCAGAGAUGUUCAGCAGCUUUGAUGUAGGAAUAAAAAUAAGAUAAAAAGGGAGACUGCUAAAGCAGAAUAUUAGUUGUAUGACGGAAACCAGAGCAAAAUAGUCUAAUGUGUGACCAUUCAGAACACAAAAUACACAACUGCAGAAUAAGGAGAUUGCAAGAGAAAAGACUGAUGAGUUCCCACAGAUAUCCAAGUGUAGAAAAUGAAGUUCUCAAAGGGUUCAGAAACUUUGGGACAUGUCCAACACUGCAGUUCUGCUAGUGCAGCAAACUUCUGCUUGUGCAGCAGAACUUUCCCCACUCCCCAACUCUCAAAUCCACUUCAGACAGCUGGAGCACUCUCUGGAGCAUAUUUUUAGGAUGCACAGGGGGAGGAAGAGGAAAACGUGUUGCAUUAGUGCACAGUAUUGGAUACAGCCCUAGAGGAAAAGUUAAAUGGAAGUAAUUAAAGCAAACAAAAUGAUUUGAGAGAGGAAAACGAGCAGAAUGAAGACUAACAAUCAAUUCAUUUCUUCAUAUUGCAAGAUCUAAGACUGGGUGAUGAACCUUUUUUGGUCCAAGGGUCACAUUUCCUCAUUGUCACACCCUCCACUCAGGGCUGUUUAGACCAAACAUGGCAUGAUCACACUGCAUAUCCUCUGCCUUCUUGCAGCUCAGCUGAUCUGUGAAGAUCAACAGAGGAGCAUGGAGUAUUUUAUUUCCCAUUGUGGUGCUCAGCUGGGCGGAGAGGUUUAAACCACUCUACCCUGCCCAGCACUGUGAUGCUACGCUCCAGCUCCCAGCCCAGUUUACCGUUGGUAAUGAUGCUGAACAAAGCUCCUUUCCUCUAGCCACCAUUGGUCUGAGCAGAUUGGAGUUCUUAGGAAAUGUCUGAGCACUCUAUGCAGUUUAUGGAGCACUUGGCUCAAUGGUGGCUGGUGGAGUGGCAUUUCAUUCUGUGCCACUGGUAAACUGACUUGGGGUCUAGCAGACAUUAAAAACAAACGACUAGGCAGGCUGUAGUCUUGUUUUGCCAACGCAAAAUAAAUUGGUGUAUAGAAGAGUGGGUGAAAGCAAAAGAACUUGUGUGAGGAAGGGCUGAACAAGAUUCAGAAUGUGAGUCAAUAUGGAUAUUGAAGUUGCUAAGAAUAAGAGUGGGAGUGGAGAAGAAUGAGGCAACUGUAGACUCAAGGAUCACAGUAGCUGGCUUCAAAGAGAGAAGGUGAUGACAGGCUUAGCUCUCCUGUCUACAACUGACUCCUCUCAUCUGAGAAAUGCAUAUGAAAACCAAAAGAAGUGGUUGCAAGUAGGACAGCAAGUACAAAGCAGAAGAAACUUUUUUUAAACCCCCCCCCCCAGUAAAUGUCUUAAUUUCCUCCCCCACCCUGGACCAAAUGAAUAUUCUUGCUCUAAGUCUACUCCUGCUCCUUAGUGAUCCUCUGGAUGUGGGACUGCUCUCUCCUUGUCAGAAGGCGGCAUUUUAUACUUCAUUAUCCUGAACUAGUUGGAAUGUCUACCAUCCUAAUGUACAGUCCUUCUGACAGAGAAGUGACAAGCAUAUGACCGUUUCCUAUUCUUCCACACAGGAAAUUUCUGGCUGUAAGCCAUUUUCUUGUCCAGGAAAUAAAAGUUGAUUCCUUAGGAAGUGUGUGGGAGUGGAGGAUAUCCUUCUGAAUGUAUCAGCUUUGUUCUGAGUACAGUACUUUCUCUGUUUGUGACAAAGGUGAAAUAAUAUAUUUGUGGGAGGAGGUUAUACUGCAAAAGGAUUUUAGUUCAGCUUCCCCCCGCCCCUUUGGAUAAAUGUUAUUUAUAUACAUCUCCCAAUUUUAUGGCAGUCCUGUUUGAAAGGCCACUUUCUGCCAACUCUUUCCUUUUGGUGCUGAGUGGAAGAUAGACAUCUAUUCAAAAGAGGAAGAAAAUCUAUUUCACUACUGCAGAUUUUUCUUUUAGACUUGUAGGGGAAGUAGUACCUCUGAUAUGUUUCCUUCUCUAAUAUACAUGGCCAAGCAUAGUGAGCAGGCUUAGAUACAUUUGGGAUUAGGGGCUGGCACUUCCAGAUCGGAAGAUGCAAGUUCCAAGGAUUCCUGAGUUCUGCCAGUUCCAUUUUUAGAAGUUAACCAGUUUUAUGUCAACAUAGUGACUGGCACUGAAGGGACACAGCUUAUUAGUAGUUUUUGAGACAGGCUUUCUUAAUGUGGCAUGUAUACACACUACUUAACUACCAGAAUCACAGAGGUAUCCUUUUGCAUAAGCACAUGAAAUGCAAGAUGACUAGUUGAGCUGUUUGUGAAGUUCCAGGUGUAUAACCUACUGUAAUACAAUUGGUCACUCUGCUACAUUUUCCAUGGAUACGAUGCAUCAUUCAUGAGGUUCUGCUGAUCAUUGCAUAGACCAUGUCUAGCAUAGUGUAGGCCAUGGGUCCUCAAACUUUUUAAACAGAGGGCCGGUUCACUGUCCCUCAGACACUGUUGGGGGCCGGACUAUCGUUUGAAAAAAAUAUGAACAAAUUCCUAUGCACACUGCACAUAUUUUAUUUGUAGUGCACAAAAAACAGGAAAAAUGCAAUAUUUAAAAGGAAGAAUGAUUUUAAUCAACAUAAACUUAUAAAAAUUAAAAAAUAAUUUUAUUUUAUUUUUUUGACUGCAUCAGACCAACACAGCUACCUACUUGAAUCAUAAACUUAUAAGUAUUUCAAUGGGAAGUAUGGGUCUGUUUUUGGCUAAUGAGAUGGUCAAUAUCCGGUUCCAUAUUUGUCACUGCUAGUCGUAGCAAGUGAUGCAAGUGUUCAUCAGUUAGUCUGGAUCUGGUUGGAGAUUUCAGAUGUUUCAUUCGGGAAAAAAUCUGUUCACAGACAUAGGUGCUGCCAAAGAUGGUUGCAAUUUUGAGUGCAUGGUUCCUGAGAUUAAGAAAUGUCUCAGAGGGGAGAGAUGCAUUGAAAUUAUUAAGGCUGCUUGAUUUGAUUGUGUCUCAUUGGGAGUUGCAAGGAAUAAAUGCGGAGGGCGAAAACCACAGACCUUGAUCUCUGAGAGAAAAAAUGUGGGAUGGAAAUUCAGUAACUGCUCAGUCCCGCUUUGGGGGGCGGGAUUCGGAUGAACCCAUACCCAUUUUUUUUCAAAGCCUGCCUCCGCCUGGGCUCCUCUUGGAUGGCAGGCAGACGUUUACUCGUGAGCAACCUGAUGCCGAGAGGGGAUUCCUCGCAAGCAAACACGCCUUGGAUCACAGCCCAGCCCCCGAGCACUUUUCCCAGGACAAAAACUUGCUAGGAUGAUGGUGGCCGUCUUUUUCCUUGGACAUAAUCCCCAGCGGCCCCAAGGGCGGCUUCCUCAUGAGUAAGCGCCGGAGCCCUGCGUUCCUUGUGAGUGACCUUCUUCCCCCUCCGUGCGUAGCUCACCAUCAGUGUGGAGGCCACCGCAGGUGCAGGAGACAGAGGGCGAGCUGCCUGGAGGAGGCGGUGGCUGGAGCCACUGAGCUGGACUGCAAGGACAACAGUGGCUGGCGCUGGAUCGGGUGGCAUGCUAUGGCGGAGGGGGUGGUGGAGCACAGGGCGCAAGCAAGCAGCAUGGUGGCUGGGGAUCGAGGGAGGCGGACACACGUGGGGAGAGACAGGCUGGAAGGCAAGGCCAGGAGGGGGAAAAUCCUGACCCGCCUCUUUCCCUCUCGCCUGCUCUGCUUAAAGGCACCAUGGUGCAAGCUCUCCAAAGCGCGUUGAGUCUCCUCAACAGCUUCGCGGCGGGUUCUGCAAUGGUUGGGCGGGCCGGAUUUAGGACCCUGGCGGGCCAUAGUUUGAGGACCCCUGGUGUACGCAUUAUAGCUUUUAUAUGCAGCACUCUAUUAGAAACAAUGUGCCUUUAUUCCAGCAUUGUCUGUAUACAGCAAAUUCACUGCCAUAUUAUCCCAUUUUAAUAUCUUUCCUGAACUAUUAACUAGUGUUUCUUCUAAGGCUUAAAGCCAAAACAAAGCAGCUCUUUAUUUAUUUAUGGCAUUUAUAUGCCACACCUCAUAAAUAUUCCAGGGUGGUUUACAAUGCACUUCUAUAUCUACAUUAUACUAAAAUUUCUAUUUCAUUUUCCCAGUCCAGUGGAGAUGGCUUAAAGGGGCUAACGGUAUAUAGCAAACCACAUCAAAAGCAAAAAUAACCACAACCCUCUCAACUGAAAUACUCAAAUAACAUAUGUACUGUAGAGUGAAAACAGCACAAAAGAGCCUUCAUUCAUGUCUCAAUAUGGCAGCAACUGGAUCUUCCCAUAUAGUCUCUCUGAAGUUACCAUACUUCACUGUGGGCAACUAAACUGGGUGCACCUUCUAGCCUUUGAGAAGGGUUUACUUGUAUAGACCUUUGUGGCUAGAAGGCGGAAACCCAGGGCAGCAGCAAGGGGGAGAAGAACCAAGGUAAAUGUGGCAGGUCAUGUGCAACUGCCUCCCCAAGUGCAAUACUGACUUAACAUACAGAAUGAAGUCUCCUAACCCUAGCCUGCUCCUUAGCAUGCACUUAUUUUGUGUGGGGUGCUUGGAGCUGCCUCCCUGGGAUACAUGGUGCGCUGCUGUCUCUUUGAGGUUCAACUUCUUCCUUUUUCUGUGCUCCCUCUUCUGAAUAUUUUUCAGUAAGGUGAAGCUAAAAUGUGUGAUGAGACCCAGUCACCAUGGCAAGCUUGUGGAAGUGCAUGGCUUUUCUGCACGGAAGAGGUUUCAAGCAGCUUCUGUGUACUAGUCAGUUCAUGAGAGGUGGCUCUUUGUUGGUCUGAGCGAUAGUUGAGAAAGAAGUGCCAGUACACUCUGACACCACAAUAAUAUUACUGCACUCCAGUGUUGUCAGUUGCUUGAGCUGUUUCCAGUGGCCAUAAUAGGAACCGAAGUUACAUUCUGGAUAAAAAUGGAAAGUAACUAUUAAAAGCACAUUCUUAAGUGUCAGAGAGGCUUGCUGGUUCUGCUUUCCAGCUAAAGCAAACUGAAUGGUAAACCAUGGUGAGUGGAAGAGUUAUGUCAGCUGAUGGAAGUUCAAGGGGUGGCAAAAUAACAGCAACUUCUGUACUGCAGGAUAUGCAUCUCCACAUGAAAAACUAUACGUUUCAUUAGGCUAAGGGUUGCACUUCUUAGUGCCAAGUGUUUGCAAUAUGCAUGGCUAUAUUUUGUGGAAACAGUGUCCUUUGUAACCAAAGUAAUAUCAAUUAAAAUUAAUCCUAAGUCUGUUUUCUCCUUUCCCCCCUUCCAGGUACAGUCUACUCUGCAGUAUAGAGGCAUUAUGUACUCAGAGUGGAGGUCCCUACAUCUUGUACUUCAAAAUGAUAAGGGUCACACCAGUGUACUUCACAGCUAUCCUGACAAUGUGGGGAGAGAAGUGGCAAAUGCUGUUGUGCGUCCCCUUGGCCAAGUCUUAAAUGCUCCAUCAGCAGCUGGCAGUGAGAGUUUACUGAAAACAGACAAAGAAGUGAGUAUACAAAACCUGUAGUUCCCCAGUUGAAGUACAUAUAGUCUCAUCAUUAUAGGCAUUUAAGAGGGCUAUAAAGACCCAUUUGUUUAGAACAACCUUCGCAUUUAUAGUUUCUAUGAUGUUCUGGUUUGAUUCGGUGCUGAAAUAAUUUUAAAGCUUUCUUCUUUCUUUUGUAAGACUGUGUGUUGCUUAUAUGGCUGUGUUUGUUGGUAUUUUAUUGUUAAUUGCACUGUUCUUUUAUGGUAGGGAUGGGGAACCUGUGGCUUUCCAGAGGUUGCUGGACUACUUUUUGUAUCCCUGGCCGUUGGCCAUACUGGCUGGUACUGAAGGGAGUCCAACACCAUCUGAAGGACCACAGGUUUGCAAGCUGUGCUACAUGGCAGUAAUUUAGUUAGAUGUAGUGCUCAUUAUGGGAUGUGGGUGGUGCUGUGGGUUAAACCACAGAGCCUAGGACUUGCCGAUCAGAAGGUAGGCGGUUCGAAUCCCCGCGACGGGGUAAGCUCCUGUUGCUCAGACCCUGCUCCUGCUACCUAGCAGUUCGAAAGCACGUCAGAGUGCAAGUAGAUAAAUAGGUACCGCUCCGGCGGGAAGGUAAACGGCUUUUCCAUGCGCUGCUCUGGUUUGCCAGAAGCGGCUUAGUCAUGCUGGCCACAUGACCCGGAAGCUGUACGCCAGCUCCCUCGGCCAAUAAAGUGAGAUGAGCACUACAACCCCAGAGUCGGUCACAAGUGGACCUAAUGGUCAGGGGUCCCUUUACCUUUACCUAGUGCUCAUUAUAUUUGAUAUGUUGGAAGUCGUUCUGUGAGGGUUUAAACAUAAAAAGUGGCAUAAAAGUAUAUCUGAUAAGUAGAUUGGCUCAGCAUCCCCGUGUACGAGCACCUUAUCUCUCGCACAACACAAAGUGUGAUCUUGGCAUGAGCAACCUGGCUUGAAUGUCAAGGUAACUUAACUGAAGGAAGUCAAUGGAAUCUACCUGAUAUUGGGUGAUUCUCCCAGCAGACUCCCAUCUCAUGUUAUUUGGCAGAGUCCUACCUUCUUGAGAGGCUCUAUGAGGUCCUCAAGUGUAUGUGGGGCAAGAGGGUACAGGAAGCUUCCAUUUAGACUACAAUCCUGUACCCACUUAACUGUGAGCCCCCUUCAGCUGAGUGGGAUUUACUCCUGAGUAGACAUGUAUAAGAUCCAAAGUCAGGUGGAUCUUAGAAUCCAGGCCUACAUGCUAUGGUAUUUCCAGAUUUAAAAUAAUACAGUUGUUAGAGGAUGAAUUUUCUGUUAUCUCUUACUGUGUAUCCUUUGUCUAUCUCAUGUUAACAGUGCUACGCUGUGGUGCCGGUUUUCAUUUGGAAGAAUCUACCAAAUGGGGACACGUUAAAAAUAUGGUCAUGUAACUUUCCACUUCUUCUUCUCUUAGGUAAAAUGGACCAUGGAGGUAGUUUGUUAUGGACUGACCCUCCCUUUAGACGGUGAUACUGUAAAGCACUGCGUUGAUGUGUACACAGACUGGAUUAUGGCUCUGGUCUUUCCUAAGGACUCAAUUCCUCUACCUGUUAUUAAAGAACCAAACCUUUAUAUUCAGAGCAUUCUCAAACAUCUACAAAAUCUAUUUGUACCAAGGUGAGAGCAGUGGAGAGUGAAUUAUUUCAUGUAGGCAACAUGAUUACAAGCCAAGUUUAAUUGUAACCAGCAGACAUUUAUUUAGAAGUGUAGUUAAAAGAAUUGUUGUUGUAUUAACAUGGAGGGUAAAAGAGCCCCAUAAUCUACUGUUUUGGAGGUUGGAUUUUAACACUUGUGUAUUUAAGAAAGCAUAUGUCCAUAAUUUGCAGCUGCAAAAAAAAAAGAGGGGAAAAAAGGAUUUGAGAGGGUGCAUGCUCUCUCUGGUGAGGAUGUCAAAGCUGGAAUAAAAAGUUCAUUUUGAAAUUAUCCAAAUCUUAUAUGCGCAUAUCUCUGUUGCUGGAUUUUGUGCUAAUUGAAGUUGAAGCUUAUUUGUCUUUCCUUUUUGUUUUUGUUAACAUUUAAAUUUGCUGAGCAACAAAAAAGCAAAAUGUAUGUCUCUACUGCAGCAGGAAUCCACGAACAGAGAAAAGACAGCUAUAUGAGAAUGUAAAAUAUUUAUUCUAAAAAUCUAUACCCUACACAUUUUGAAGUAGUGGGAACAGUCCCUGAAAAAUAGUUGAUCAACAACAAUAUUUUGUUACUCUCAAAUAUAAUGGUCAUCUACAUUAAUUCUUGCUUUGGGUAUACUAUAAGGCUGGAGGGAAGUGGGUUUUUAUAGCCUUUCUGCUUUAAGUAUGUGGAUUAAUCUCUGUCCUGAGCAUUAGGCAAUUUGAAUACCAUUGUCAUGUGAACAGUAUGAAUGCACAGAUGUACUUGUGGUAUGCAGAAGCACAGACCCUGUAUUUUCAGUGUCUUCUGUACAGACUGCAUGGCAAUUGGAAUACCUAGGGCUGCCUAGUGGCUUGAACAAGAAGCAGAACAAGAAUCUGUUUGCCAUUCAGUUUUCCCUGUAGGGAAGGAGUGAAUGUCGGGGCAAUCCAUUGCCUCUUGGCUCCAGUGAAGUCUGGUGGCCACUGGCCACCAAAGAGCAAACAAGCUGCAGGCAGCUUUCAUAUUGGCAUUCAAACAUCACAAUUCAUUUACUUAGAUUUUGCUGCCCUUUGGGCUCCACUUCAUCUGAUGCAAUUUACUAUAUUUGCAAUAAGGCUAUCUCAACUCAAGCCUGAACAAGCCUAAUGCAAACCAACACUCGUGUGUUCUGGCCCACGGGAGUUCAGUAGCUCCUGCCUGUCCUGGACAGUGAAAACAGGAGAUUUAGUGUUCUCCUGUUAGGCCUACUAUAUGGAAUUGGUAGUUUGUGUUCAACCUGGUGGAUUACAAACUAUCCUGGUCUAUUGUGAGUUUAGAUGUUUUGCAAAUCUUUUGAAGAUGAGUGGCUUUUCUAAGAUUGCGUGAAGAUAGUUUAGCUCCAGCUUCAUUUUAAAAACAAUUCUUGUUAGAGGUGCAAAACAUCUGUUGUAAGAAUGCCUCCAAUCUCUUGUCUAAUUUAUCUUUGGCGGGGGGGAGUACUCUGUUUAUGCAGGCGUAAGUAAUUUUUUUCUUCUUCUACAGGCAGGAUCAGGGUACCAGUCAGAUUAAACUAUGUCUUCAAGUUUUGAAAGCUGUCCAGAAAUUGGCUCGUGAAUCAAGCACUAUGUCUAGAGAAACAUGGGAGGUUUUAUUAUUGUUUCUACUACAGAUUAAUGAUAUUCUGCUGGCAGCUCCAACAGUGCAAGGUUUGGGUCUUUACCUUUUUCCCCAUAACUGUUUAUAGUGUGUGGCUCUGGCCUGAGUGUGAAAAUUUAAGAACCUCAUCUUUUUUUCUUUCCUACCAUUCAAAAUUUAGAGGGACUAUUGUCAUGAAAUGAAUGGUGUUGAAAUAAUUAUUGUCCAAUUGUCCUGAUUCUGUUUAAUUUCUUAAUUUGGAAUUGCUACAGGAAUUGAAUGAUACUUCCAUUUCUAUUACCAUUUGAAGCAGAUGCCGCUUUUACUGACAUGUUGUUGCUAAGGCCCUUUUACUACCUCUCGUUUAUUCAUUCAGAGGUGCUCUAGGGCUAGGCAGUGAUUUCUAGGCUUCAACACUGUCAUGGGGAGUGGAGCUGCCCUCUGGCAAGCAGCCAUCUUUUCUUGUAAUGGUGAAGCUGAAGUAGCAGGCAGAGCUUGUGCCAUCAGCUGUGCAAUGGUGAUGCAAAAAUGGGAGGAAAGAUGAAGGUUAUUUGCUAGCUUCAUAGCCAAGGCACCUGGAGAGCCUUGGCCAUUCAGAGUCUAACGAGCAAAAAAUCCCUCUUUCUGCUAAGUUGAAUGUAGCCUAAAAGCUACUCAAGAUGCCUUCAAACAACAGUGCACAGGCCUGGCAUACUGCCUCUCUGCCUGCUUUCCCUUGAGAAAAGGCAGAAAGGGCUUGCUGGGAGAGAAGGGGCACAGGGCUUGACAGGCAGGAGGCUGGUGGCUGCAACUUCUGUCUUGUCCAGCAAGAGCCCUAGCACUGAGAAGCUGAGAAACUGCCCUGGCUGUGGAUGCAUCCACUUCUUACUGUUUUCUAAUAAGUUUGCAAUCUUUAGACAUAAAUUAAGGCUGCCAUAUACUGCAUACCAGUGCUGCAUUGUUUUGGAAUUCAUGCAUAAAUUAAGAUAGGAUAUUUCCCCCCACAUCCAUUCCCAUAUUUCAUCUGGUUAGAUUGUUCUUUCCUGUCUCCCAAUUCUUAAAUUUGAAAUUCUUACAUUUUUAAGUGCAUGAACAUUCUAGAGUGUUCUUGAUGUUCUCUAUGAUAGAUCUUUAGCUGUGUUAACAUUUGCCAUCUAAUAAUACGUGAAUUACUUAUUUUAGAUUAAUAUUUAAAAAUAGCAAUAGGAUUUGAGGUAAUUAUUCUUUUUAAUCAUGGAAAGUCUACAAACCCAACAUAAUUUUAACUUUACUAUCCCAUUCAAAUAAUUUUACACUUUGCACAUCAGCUUGUUUUGAUAAGAUCCCCAAUAUCCGAUUGCUGUUUUUCUCCAAGGAAUAUUUGGAAAUUUCUUCUUCAGUGAUGAUAAAAAGAAACCCCACAGGUAAUUUUUUUAAAAGCCCUUUUCUCUGUUUUAUUUCUUUUGUAGGCGGCAUUGCUGAGAAUUUGGCAGAGAAGCUGAUUGGUGUGCUGUUUGAAGUCUGGUUACUAGCCUGUUCCCGGUGCUUCCCCACACCACCUUAUUGGAAAACUGCCAAAGAGAUGGUAGCAAACUGGAGGCAUCAUUCUGCAGUGGUGGAGCAAUGGAGCAAAGUAAUCUGUGCCCUUACAGCCAGGUACUGAAAACCUAUUGCUUUUCCGUAACUUCAGGCGCACCUGCCCACCCCAGUGGCGCAGUCGGCUUGGCCGAUGCCGUCCUUGCUUUUGUGGCCUGGGCAGCGCACUGCGUCCACAAGCCACUUUUACAAGGAGGGCUCCUUUGGGAGAAAGGGUGGGGUGGAAAUGUAAUUAAUAAAUAAAUCAGCCUGGUGACAUUACAUCCUCUUUAAUCACCCUGGGUUAGGCUCAGGGCUAGCAACUUGCCCAAUUUCUUUAUCUCUCCCCUACUCCGUCUCCCCUGCUUGAAGCUAAUUCAAGUGAGCAUUUAGUUUCAUGACACCCCAGCAGGGCCAGGGAAGCCAAGCCUGAGGCUGCCUGAGGUGAUUGCAGGCAGACCUGGAUUUGCCCUGGGGAUUUCCUGUGAGUUAAGCCUAGUGUUCUUCAGCCUCCAUGUGCUCCCUCCUUCUCCCUGAGCAGCUUUAUGAGGUGGAUCAGGUAGACGAUUAUCUUGAUUGAUUGAUUGAUUGAUUGAUUGAUUGACUGAUUGAUUGAUUAAGGUCCUAGGGCAGGUUAUAGCAUUAAACACAACAUUUAAAACCAUGGAGAAGGCCCUCUCCCCUUGUCCCCCAUCCCUGCAGGCAGAGGAACUCUGCUGGUUUCAGCACCCACCCAAAAGUACCUUUAAGGAAGGAGGUGGCCUCAGGUAUUUGGGGUCUGGGUCAUUUAGGGCUUUCAAACAUUCACCUUGAAAACUUGGCAGGGGGUUGGACUUGAUGGCCCUUGUGGUCUCUUCCAACUCUAUGAUUCUAUGAUUCUAUGAUUCUAUGAUUCCCCCCAUAUGUCAGCCUGCCACUGUACGCUAAUAAUGUAGUUAUUUCCAUUUUUAUGUAGUGUGUUUUAGUAGCAUCUCUCCCUUCACCCUCAAAAAUCCAUCAUUUUGCUACAGAAAAAGGGGACUGCUUUUCACUCUCAGGUACCACACUUGACUGUGCCCCAUGUAUUAAAAAUAAGUUUUAAACCUUGGACCUAUUUCUUACUGAGGAGGCAAAAACCUGUGCCUGGGAAGUAAUACAGUGGUACCUCCUCGAGUGUCCGGGAUCCAUUCCGGAGUCCCGAACGCUCGACGAAAGAGACGCUCAACAGAGCAUCGCUUUGUGCGUGGAGCAGUUUUGUGCUUUUGCGCAUGCGCGAAGCGGCAAACCCAGAAGUAACCUGUUCCGGUACUUCUGGGUUUGCCACGGACGUCCGCCGAAACGGACAAUCGAGGCAGAGGUAUGACUGUAUUUCACAAUAUAGGUCAGAGCUCCUAUGAUGGAAUGCUCCACCAUAUAUUAAAAAAAAAAUGCCUGCACAUAGUAAAUUGACAUGUCAGGGAGAAGCCUGCAUUCUGACUUCGGGAUUACCAGCUCAAUGAGAACUUGGCAUCAGUGUCCUGUCCAGCCUGGAAUGCAUAUCAUUGUUGGUCAAUGAACUGAGGUGGAGAGAAGGGGCUCUUUGCAGUGUGUGUUUUUGUUUUUAUUUUUAAGGAAGACCUGAAAUAGACCUAAUCUAUCUGAUCUUAUUUUAAUGAAAGGCAGUGGCUGAGAGAACACUCUCAACAUUUUUGUUCUCCUUUGUUUCUGUUUAACAUCCUGAUCCAAAGCGUGAACUCUUUGACAACUGACAUAACCAGACAGUAUUUGUUUCUGGUAUAGCUUUUUCUUGUCUCUCUUGUAUGUAGAAAAUGGCAAGCUCUGUGUCUCCCUUGCACAAAACACUUCUUUGCACAUAUUUUGGUUUCUCUGUUGUCCCUAUUUGUAUCUGGAGUCAGCUUUUUUUUUUUUUGGAUGCGGGAACUGCAGCAUUAAUUCAACUCUUUAUUAGGUUGAAAAUAGCAUACUUUCUGGGCAAACCACAUGUCAAAAAUGAUAGAAAGAGCACAAUUAUAAUAUCUCAUGUUGAUGGUUGGGGAAUGGUUUGGAUGACACAUGGGCUUCUCUCCACUGGCCUCCACCAGUGAGGUGGAUUCCAACCUGGAGGAAGCCCCAUUACUUCACCAUAGUGAGAGGGAAGCAGAUAUCUCCAAUGAAAUAUGGAUGCAUCGUUUAUAAUUAGGCAGAGUGAAAUCAUGCAGAACUACAAACUCACCGAUAGUCUGACUUUUCCUCCAGAUUGCUACGUUUUACAUACGGGCCGUCGUUCCCACCUUUUAAAAUCCCUGAUGAAGAUGCCAGUCUGAUUCCUCCUGAAAUGGAUAAUGAGUGUGUUGCCCAGACUUGGUUUCGCUUUUUACAUAUGCUGAGGUACUGUACAUAAGAAAAAGCAUGCAAUGUUACUAGUGUAUUUAUCAAAAUUUGAUACGUUAUAUAUGUGAAUGAGUUCUCUAGGGGGUGUGGUUUAUUGGAAUCAGAUGCCCUAGUUGUGGAAGGGGUGUAUAAUAUUGUGGCAGAUAAUGCCUCACAGGUGCCUGUGACAAGAUCCAACUCAUAGUAGGAUCAGUUACUAGCUCUGUCUGUCUAGUUUGCAUGUGAUAGAGAUACAGUAGUACCUCUACUUGCAUUCACCUCCCGUUACGUAUCUUUUGGGAUAUGUACGCGGCAAACCCAGAAGUGUUUUUCUGGUUUUCGUCCCACGCGCAUGUGCAAAAGCGCUAAACCGCGCCAUGCGCAGAAGCAGCACCUCCGGUUGCGAAUUCCUCAGGAUGCAACUAGAGCUCUGGAACGGAUCCCGUUCGCAACCAGAGGUACCACUGUACAGUCAUUCUGGAAUUUAGUACCUGAUACUUGUUUGUCUUCAACUAUUCUCCUGAACACCAUGUAUAGUUUUGCCCUUCAACAUUUCAUUCAUGGCUUCAAAUACUUUUCGUUUGCAAUUCUGUAUACCCUUCAUUUUGGUUCCCUUCAGAUAUUUAGCAGCUACAGACACUGAGUAGCCUAUUUUUAUGUACCUUAGUGCUUCCUUGUCUCUUCAGUUGCAUGGGGUCUUGCAAUACUGUCUCAUUUCAUACUCCUCAGCUGGAGGCAAAGAUCAUGUGCCCCAGGGUAACUGCUGCUUAUAGCACUUUUAAUUUGCAAAAGACUUCAGCAUUUUUGUUUGCUGGGUGUAGUUGAUCACUGUUCUUAUAAACAGAUGCUGUCAACUUCUUUAAAACUUCCAUAAAAGUUAAAGCAACUUUGAAAAGUAGUGUGAGAGAAGGUAGGUAAAUAAUAAUAGGAAGUGGAUACAUGUGAAAUAUUCGAAAGUGGCAAACAUAGUACAAUGAUUUGUCUAUCUUUUAAUUGGUAGGUUUAAUCUCAACUCGUAUCAGAGCUUUUUUUUUUUUAAAUGAACAUUUUAAACUUUCAAUAUUUAGUGUAUUUUACUUUUUACAUCUGUUAAAUGUAUUAUGAUUAAACAGAGUCUUUUCUCUCCCUUGUAGUAAUCCUGUGGAUUUGAGUAAUCCAGCAAUUAUAAGCUCAACUCCCAAAUUUCAGGAACAGUUCCUGAAUGUGAGUGGAAUGGCUCAGGAAUUGAAUCAGUAUCCCUGCCUUAAACAUCUGCCUCAAAUAUUUUUUCGUGCUAUGCGUGGAAUCAGUUGCUUAGUGGAUGCAUUUUUAGGUAACAUUUUCUACUCUUAAUUUAUAGGAUGUUACAUGCCUUUUGUAAGCAACUCAAAUAGAUGUUAAUACUUUGUAUUGGUACAUCUAAUAUUUCAGAUGUUUAUCUGCGGGGCUGUUUGUGUUAAUCAUCAUUUUCUCCUUGUCAUCUGUGCAGCAACUGUAUUCUAUUUUCAUCAGUUGGGGACCAGUGACAUCUGGACCAAAUUGAGCUCCCAGUUCUGGUAUCAUCUGCCCCUCUCACCUAUCCAACCCCACAAUCUCAAAAUAGGUUUGGAUGAACAGCUUUGGGGGCAAUGAGGCCCUUGCAACAAGAUAUUGGGGUUUGAUCUGCAACCUGCCCUAUUCCCUUUUUGGAGUGGUCCCCAGCAAAACUAAUUCCUAAAUAGGGCUCCCAUAUCUUGCUUAGAGGUACUGAAAAGUAAUUGAUAAUAUGUUCAGCUAGAUGCCUUAAAACCUGUCAUGAUUUCAACUUGUUACCUCCAAUAGAAUUUCAUUCUCAGGACUUUCUCAGCAGUUGUGUUUGGUGUUAAUUAAAACUGCCUCUUCUUGUGAAACCAUAAAUGAUUUUAUUAAAUAUUCAUUUUCCUGAAAAACUGCUUUAUGGAAAUGUUUCCAUUGCAGUACAUAAUAUAGUAGCAAUAUAAUUUCUUUUUUCUCCAGGAGUUGCUGUCUUUACAACCAGUGGGUGUGAAAGAUUACCCAGAUAUGGUAUUAAAACUUGUUGGACUCUCCUGGGUGACAAGAAUCUGGGGCAGGGGUGAUGAUUUUAACAGUGGUUGGGGUUUGCAUCAAAUCCUGGAAAGCUGCAGUAUUCUGUCAUGAUAGAAAUUUUCUAUUAAAUUGAUGUGGUUCUUCUUAAAGACAAUGUUUCAAAAGUUUCUAGUUCUAUUUUUAAAAAUGGUUGGCAUACAGAUACUCUUGCAACAAAAAAUCUGCUUGGUUGCAGCAUUAUGGGUUACGCAUUUUAAAUAUGAACAGUAGGUUGGUCGUUUAAAAAAUAACCACCACCCAAAUUGUUUGUAUCUCUUGCAAUAUGGUAUAAGUCUCUCUCAUUGUAACAAGCAGACGUGCUAUUUUAAAAACAUAACUUUAAUACCUUGUCUAUGAUUAAAUAUGUGAGGUCUUGCAAUUAAGGGGUUGAAUCCAAUGUAGUCCUAAGUAAGUCACUCGGUUAAUGCAAGCAUUUUGUGCAGAUCUGGAGACAACCUGAGGGCAGUGGGUGGGGGAAGUCUGUUGUGUAAAUCCUUGCGCUAAUGGAACGUGUGCAUUGGAUACCACCCAACCUUUCUACUGAGAUUCGUCUAUAUGCAGAUUUAUGACACAGCUGUGAUAAAAUGAUCUCUGUCUUGAAGCUGGGCUGAUGGAUAUUGGAUUAUGGAGAAUUGAUUAUUUAAUUUUUAUACUGCUAAAUAUAUUUAAAAUAUAUCUAUAAGCAGUGUACAAAAAACUGAAGGAAUAACUGACAACUUAAAAUACUACAAAAAUACACAGUUACAUAUAAAAAUGUUACAUUCAUAUAAAGUUACAUAAAUCAAUAUCGGUUCUUUUCCUUCCUAACACACCCUCCCUCUCAGCCUCCAGGGUCCAAACAAACUCUCAGCUUACCCACAAAAGUCUCACAAUAAGAACAGUUCUUGGAAACAGUGAACAUUGUCCUAGUCUCUUAUUCUAGACUUGCUCUUUAUGGGCAGGCCCAAGGUGCAUACCCACAGCUGUGUCCCAUCUGCUGCAUGCUCCACACCCACUUCCAGGCAUAGCAGGCCCUGUUGAGUUUUCCAGAGGGUCCAAAGAUAGGAAAAGCCCUCCCACCUCACUCACAGCUCUUUCUUUGUACUCUGUCCUCUCCUCCUCUUCCAGCUGCCAGAGAAAGUGAACUCUUUAAGAAAAGUACAGUAAACUGAACAGUGUGGUCCUUCUCCUUUGAGGAAUGCUGUUUAAAGCCUGUUGCAGUAUGAGAGAGAGAGCGCUUCUUCUUAAUUAUGAGGAAACCGUAUAAUUCAUAUUAACGUGGCCAUUUAAUUUAAUUUUUAUUUUUAAUAACAAAGUCUGAAUUCUUGGAUGAAUUGUUCCUCAUAACAGAAUACUGCUUCUUUGUUUAUGAAAUGUAGCACAGUUCCUUUUCAAUUGUGCUAAUCAUUGUACCAAGGCAGAUGGAAGAGUACUGCCAAUCACACACUUGUAAAUUGCCUCUGUCCUCUUAUUAUCCAUUACUUAAGGUGGUUUUUUUUCUGAUAUUCUGCUUGUCAGUGAAGAACUGUUGUAUGAAUAGCAUGCACUUGUGACCUGAAAAUGUUAUAGAACUGUGGGUAUUUAACAAACCUGAGUCCUUCGUGCAUCAUGAAUAGCGCUUACCUUGAUGCAGAUGCUUUAUACUCCCCCAUGAGUAAUACUGAAAUGUUGAAAACAGAACAAAGAGAAUAAUUUGCCUGAGAGGGAGAUGCAAGAGAGCACUGAGGCCUUGUUAUGUAAUGUUGCAAUGCUAUUUACACUUAGCUGGGAGUGUAGGAUAGUAUAGGUUUGGGGAAUGUCAGGUUGGCAGUGGGCCUGUGAUGCAUGAGAAUUCACCAAAAUGAGAGAUAUGAAACUGCAGGACCCUUUUUAGUAACUUUACCUUCUAUACUAAGCUCUGCUACUACAAAUAUCUGUGUCACCAUUCCCUGUAUGUGUACUUUUCUUACAAUAAACAAGUGUAGAGGGCCCUCCAAAAUAUUAAUAAGAUCAACAUUUGCCUGCCUAUUAAUUAUUGUGAAAGAACUGUUUGAACUAAUUGCCUCUCAAAGAUAAGUACUGUUUUUACUGUCAUUUUGCUUUCCAAAGGAUUAAAUGAGAUAUCCGGUGUAACGGUGGCACAAAAGAAAUUAGCAUUUGUGUUGUUUCACUAGUGAUUUCUGUUUGUGCAAGUGGUUGCACAAACGCUUCUUUACCGAGUAGCACACAAUAACGUUAUAAACAAUGUGCACUAGCAGUUAGCAGUAUCUUUCAGAAGUAGAAAUCGGCCAUUUGAUACACCAAUUGCAGAAGGUUGAAAACAGGGCUUCCACUAGGGGCAGACAAACCAGGAACAGGGCUUAGACAAAGAGCCGCUAAGCCAAACUGUGUGUUAGUUCACAGCAACACAGUGGCAGCAGGACCAAAGCUCCAGGAAUGUACAUGUUUGCUUGCUAGCACUAAGCUAUGGUUUGGCUUAACAUUAUGCCUGACUCAAGCUGGAGGCUUGUCUGGGAGAGAUAAGCUGCGAGCCUGGAUUUAGACAUCAUGCUGAGCCAAACUUGCAGCAAGACUAGAUGAGGAGCAAAUCUGUUGUAGUCUGCUCCCGAGGAACCUGCGUGCUUGCUUGAUAGCACUAAGCCACCAUUUGGCUUAAGCUUAUAUUCCUUAGCUAUCUUAGUUUAAUGCAAAGAGAUUUAUCCUUUAAAAAAAAAGUCAAUUGCAGCCUGUUUCUGCUAGAUCAAAAUGAACUGACAGUGGCAAUAACAUGGCUGGAAAGAAAGUGGCUUUCGGGCGGCCUUUGUUCCUCUUUGCUUCCUGUUGGUCUUCUUAUUCUUCCCACUUUUUAGGUGCAAAUGUGCAUGUUUCUCCCUUAUGAAAGGUAAGCAGCAGUCUUGUAUGUAGUUACCUAAAUCCUUUCCUCGAUCACUUUCCAAUCUUAACUAAAAACUAAUUUCAAAACGAGAUAUUUUUUAACACUGGUGCUGGUAUGGGAGGAAUUAAUGGUUAUGUGUGUGUUACUACUUUGCUGUUUAAAUGCCCAGUGCGUUGGAUUUUAAAAGACCUUAAUGCUGAGAUUCCCCUUCUUCUUUCAGGUAUUUCAAGGCCUCGGGCAGAUAGUGCUCCGCCCACACCAGUAAACAGAUUGAGCAUGCCCCAGACCACAGCUGUCAACACAACUCCACCUCACAACCGAAGGCAUCGAGCUGUAACUGUAAAUAAGCCAAUGCUGAAAAACAGCACAGUGAGUAUUUACACUUACUAAAGCAAUGGUUUUAUAUGGUUUAUGUAAGGGAAGUUUGUGUUGUCAGACAUGACUGAGUAUAUGACAUUUCAAAAAUUAUUCUCUAAUGGGAUUAUUCCCAUCUCUCAUUCCAAUAGGCUAACACCGCUCACGCUUCCAAAGUACAACACCAGCCAUCUUCCACUUCUCCACUAUCGAGUCCAAACCAGACUAGUUCUGAGCCUCGACCGCUUCCUGCUCCCCACAGGCCAAAAGUCAACAGUAUAUUGAACCUCUUUGGAUCGUGGCUUUUUGAUGCAGCCUUUGUUCACUGUAAGCUUCAUAAUGGAAUUAACAGAGACAGCAGUAUGACUGGUAAAUAUUGCCUUUCCAUUCUGUACACUCCCUUCCUCCUUUGCUGGCACUUCCUACCUGCAAGAUUAACUCCUCUGGCUAACCAAAACAGAAAUCUGACAAAGCAGCAUGAUUAACUGAUGUCCAAUAUCAUGUUAACCUCUUGCUUUUCUGCAUAAUGUAGGAGCUAAAGUAGCUAAUUUGUGGUUGGGUCAAAUGUUACUGCAGAAACGAAAUUUAAGAUUUGCCCACAUGUUAGCCUGAAGAAUAUAAUAAAGCCGAGGGAAGCCGAGAAAAGCAUUAAAAAGCACCACUUUGGGAACAACUUCCCAUACUUUGAAUCACUUAAAGCAGUUGAUUAGUACGGGUGGCAGGCAAGCAUCAUAACAGGACCUGCCUGCAUUAUUUAGUCUUUGUUUAACUUUACUUUUGAGAGAUAAUUAGUUUAGUUUUCAUAAAUGGCCCCACAGUGCAUUCCAGUGGUUGGUCAAAUACUUAAACUUCAAGGGUUCUGUAAGUUGUAGCUUUCAAAUCUCCCUAACUACUGCACCAAUUUCGUUUUUUGUUUUCUCAUUGUUUUCCUAAUUUCUGUUUUCGGAGCUAUCCCUAGACACAUGACAGAGGUGAUCUCCAACUGAGAUAAAUGCGUUCAUUGCAGCAAAUGUAUUGUGUUGGGGUUCUUUGCAGGAAACAAAAAGGCUUGUCGUCACGAUCAUAUUAUGCCAAAGUUGAAUUCCUUGUUGCUCUGCCAUGAAAUGUGCUAUCUGAAUAAGACAAUUCAUAAUAGCAAGGACUAGUGGUAAAAGUGGGGUUUCAAAUCUAGCUAGUUUACAUAACUUUCAUUAACAUCUUACAGCCUGUCUGUUCCCACGUGUGUAGAAAAUAUAUGUCUGUCCUGGUGAAUGGCAUGUGUAGACCCAAGGAGCUUUAGUGGAGAAUGAAUUCCAGUAGUCCACAGGGCUUGCACAAGGGCAGCUCAAUUGCCUUUAGGAAAUCAAAGCAAAACCACAUAUUACAUCCUCUAGAUGUUGUCCGCUUUACCAUAUAGAUUUAAUAGAAAUCAUAUACAACUGUGAAUUACUAACUAUUGGGUUGAAAGAAAAAUUUUAUCUCUAAAAUUUCACACAUUGAUCUAUUCUCUCUCUUUUGAGAUCUUGAGGCUUAUUUAAAAGUGUUAUAAAACGCUUUUGCAAGUGUUUGAUCCUAUGAUGAAAAUAUAAAACAAUUACUGAGUGCAAAUGUCAGCAUUUCAUUAGUCAAUAUCACUUUAGUUUGCUUUCCUAGCACUCAGAUUAUAUUGAGAAAUCUGGCUUUAGGGAGGCAUGUUUACUAGAGUAUUGAGAGCCAUGUUGUCUUUUCUAUGUAUUGGCCAUUUUUCAUUACUUCAUCUAAAUCUGAUUCGGUAAUUACAGUUCUAUUUUGAUGUUGUCGAGGCAGUAGCAGUACCAUCUUGUUUUUCACUCUCCAAAGAAAUAUGUGGUGCAUAAGGAACUCUUGAUAAAUUGCCACACAUCUUUCUCUGUCCUAGAUUUAUUGAUAUAACAUGCCCAUGGGGUAUUGUGGAGCACGUGUCCAUGAUUCAUAAUUUUCACUUGUGUGUUAUCUCCACUUUGUAGUCCUGUAUCUCCUUAGUUCUUAAUUAAGGGGUUCUGGUCCAGUGGUAGACCCCAUGCUUUAUUAUUUGUUUGUUUCAAUUCGUAUGCCACUUUUCCAUAUAAAUGUGCCCAGGGCCACUCACAAUAUGGCAACAAAAAACCUCCAAAUAAAUACAUCAUUCAGUAAUACUUUAAAUUCAAAUUCACUUCAAAAAAUAAAAUAAAAAAUAUGACAGCCCAAAUGAUUCAGCUUGAUAAUAUGGAUAUUAUAAUAUUUUAACUUCAUUAUAGAAUAAAUUAUAAAUCAUUAAAGCAAGUAAAUUGAUACCAGGAAGUUAAAACAUAUAAACCAUAAUGAUGAACAUUUCCAGUAGUUAGUACACGGCAGUGCUAGUAAAUAAAGUGCAUAAUUUUUUUUCUAUAGAGUGUACAUCGUACCUAGCACCUUGGUCAUAUACUCUUAAAGAAUCACCUCUCAUUCAUCCUUGCAGGGAGCCACAAUUUUGUUGAGAACAGAUGGCUUCAAUCACCUCUUUCAGUCUGGCUUCUCACCCCAAACUGCCAUUAAAGCUAUCAGAAAAGCACAGAAAUUUAGAUUGUGUAUAUGAAACAAGCACACCUCUUACAUGGGGAGGCCUCACCCAGCAUUCCUCCCUUUCCUGUCCCAAAGAAUGAGAUCUGUAACUAACAAAACAAUGAGAGUGCUCACCCACUGCCUUCUGAGGCUUCCCAAACUUCUGGCUUCAUUUAAAACAAAACAACAUAGGCGUAUAUACUGCUGUGAUACCCAAAGGGAGACUUGUGACCUUCCAAGGCCCCCCUAAAUUUGUCCAUUAAAAAAGCUUUUAAUAAAAAAAUUAACAGACCAAUUCCACAGUCCCCUGCUGUGAUUCUGUAAUGCCAAUUUUGGGAGGAGAACUGCCCAAGACCACUUUAAAUUUGUCAAUAAUAAUAAUAAUAAAUUGUCCACAGCCACUCCUACACUUUGGUCACACCCACUUUUGGACUUUGUCCAUGCCAUCUCCCUUUAUCAUUGAAACAUUACUUUGUUCCAAUAUUUCGAUCUAGUGAGAGUUGUGCGUCUUUCGCACCUGCCGAAUUGUAGUGGAAAACUUAAAUUGAGUGUUUCAUCACUUUGCAGUGUUACCUGUCUACUCAUUUUCACAAUCACGUACUGUUUGGAAUAAGCUUUCCCCCUUCAGUGUAGCCACUAUUUUAUUAUUUUAUUUUAUUUUAUUUUAUUUUAUUUUAUUUUAUUUUAUUUUAAUUGCUUCAAAGAUUCUUUGUCAUUUGACCCUUCAGCAGUAGACUAGAAAAUGAAUCAUGCAUUGAUGAAAAAAAUUCCCUGAUGUUGAUGUCUUUUUGUAACCCUUGCAUCUGAAUAGACAAGCAGUUGUGGCCAAUGCAAAGCAAGCAGUUGCUUAAAAGAAGCAUUGGACUUUUGCUGUAGGAGGUGUAGAAGUGCAGUUCAAAACACCUCUACAGUAGAAUAUGGAAGGUACCUGUUGACAGCAGCUACAGAUUGCAGAACCCUUGAAGAAACAGAGGAAGAGCCCUCACUUUCUAUCUGAAUUAUUCUCAUAUUCUUAAGGGUUGCAGGGAACCCUUUGAUAGAACACAGAGAAACUAGAUGGCCGUUCGUACAAUAUUUGAAGCCAGGUGGGAUGGGGUGGGGUUUGGGGGAGAGAAGCUGUGACCCAGAUGUUGAAAUGUAAUUCCCAUCAUCCCUGCCUGAUAGACAGGCUGGCUGGGGGCUGAUAGAAGUUAGAAUCCAGCAAUAUCUGGAGGGCCACAGGUUUACCAUCCAUGUGGGAACUGCUUUGUACAAAUAGUUAUUUGGGAUUCAUUGAAAACAAGCAGUGGGUUGUAGCAGGCUAAGUUUUACUCAUAGUAGAGCCAUUGAAAUUAAUGGACCUAAAUUAGCUAUGUCUCUUAAUUUCUGAACAGGGCUAACAUUGAAUUCAACUCAGCACCUCCCCACUCCCACAUGAAUCCCUUUUCAUGAUUGGUGACACUACAAUGGGAAAAAUCUUCCAAUGCCAUCUACAAAGCCAAGCAAGGCACUUGGCUGUUUUUAUACUAAGAAACUAGCAGGCUGAAACAACGAGUUUCUAAGAUUAUUUGCAAUCUUCUAGCUUUCCCUUUUCCACAAAGUGAGGAUAAGCCUGAGUUCCAUUCUACCCUGUACUUCUUUUGACUAAAAGGAAAUGGUUGGGCCAUCUUGUAUGGAAAUUUCAUAUAAGUAAUGUGUGGGUGAGCUGGUUGCUUGUAUUUUUUUCUCCUCCACCCCCAAUGAUUUCCUUCUAGUGCAGAUUUUCAGCUGGUGGUAUAUGAAAUAAAGCAAAAUACUGCCUGAAUUGUGAAGGGGCAAUAUUUCUACUACAAAUAUUGAAUGUACAUUAAUAUAGAUACCUAACCCUUACAGCAGUAUAUUUUUUCUAACUUUUGUUCAUUGUUCUGCAUGAAAUCAUAAUUUUAGACCCUAAUGCUAAUUUCCUGUGUGUUUAACAAGCCUACUAGACCAUAAGCUUUGAAUCAGUUUUUCAAAAACCUAAAAAGCUGCUUAACUUGUUGUUACAAUUUCACCAUCUUUAAAGUAUUUUAUAACUACUGCUGUCCUUUGAUUUGUUUCCAUUUUAUUUCUAUUAUCUUGCAGCAUCUUUUAUCCAAAUUCUUCUUUCUUAUAAAUCUUGUAAGUAGGAACUAGUAGCUUCUCUUUAAUUGCAGUCAUUUUUUUAUUUUUUCCAUAAUCCCAUUUUUUUUUAAAAUUUUUAUCAUCAUCAUCCCUUGUAGCUUUUGCUCUUUACAUGGGAAAGACAAAUAACUGUGUGUGGCUUUUUAAAUGGGGAAGAUUGUUGGCAAAAGCAAAUUAAUCUGCCUGAAUCAGUCCCAUCAUUUUCUGUACUCUAGUCUGUGAUCAUGUCAUGAAUUUAAGGACUUUGCACUAACCGUGUUCUUUUCUUAAAGCUUAUUUUUAUACAGAACUAGUAUUUUGAUUUGUAUGCAUUUUGCAUGUAGUUCCCCCCCUAAUUAUAAUAAUUUGCUGGGUAGUUUAUUCAGGACAAAAAUGGCUCAUGGGAAGACGCAUAAAGAUUUGGGCUUAGCUUUCUAAAAGAUUUUUUAUUUUAAAAAAAUCAGUGAAGAAUUUUUAAAAAAACAACAAUACAUCUGACCUUGGCAUGCUUCUAAAUUGUCAAUCUGUAAAAUUUGUAACAUUCAACAAAAUCAUGAGCAGAGCUUCUGUUUGUAAGACUAGCUGAUUUAGGCUGCAAUCCUAUGCACACUUACUUGCGAGCAAGUCUGAUUUGAAUUCAGCGAGACUUCCUUUUGAGUAAACAUGCUUAGGAUCAGACUGCAAAUGACUUGUGCCCGGAGUUCCCUUAAUAGCGUAGGCUUGUUCUUACUUAGUUGCUUUAGGAUUGGUGGAAUUAGACUUGUGAAUGUCGAUCCAAUUUUAUAAUUGGAUUAUAAAAUUCUCUAGAAAUUUCAAAGCAGCUUUCAGAAAUCGGGCAAACCACUAUGGAAAUGGCAUUCUUCUUGACCACUUCCUCCUAUCUGGCUGACAAUGAGAAUUUUUUUGUAUAGGGCAUCACUGACAAUAUAGGAUUAUAAAUGUAUGAAACUAGACUUUUGUUGAGGAAAAGAUAGAGCUUCUGGGUGGAUUUUAAAAUAAAUUGAUUGAAGAGAUUCAGGCACAGCUUCUACAUAUGCUCAGGAGCUUCCAUCUUUGCUCUUAGCUUCUGAGGUCCCACCUUUCCACCAUCACCCCUCGUGCUUCUCACAAAAAGGAAUCCAGAAGGUGGUAGGGCUAUGGGGCAGUCUCUGAUAGAGCGUGAAGAUCUGUAGACCAAAAGGGGGCAUCUUUAUAUGAAUGUGGAGGGCACCAGCAUUUUCUGUAGGGCUGUGGAUCCUAACCCUUCUUCCUGAAUAGCACACCCUGCUCAUUGGUGAUCGUCCCUUUUAGGGUUUUUUUGUUUUUGUUUUAAGCAGCGUGAGAGGAGAAAGUUCUGAAGUCAACCACCCAUUAUUUUAUUUUCCCAAACACGGUUUUCGUUAUAAUUUGGCCUAUGUCUUAAACUCACGAAAUUGCAGUCUUAGUUUCUGUAGCACAGAUGGUACCUAGAGUAGAUUCAUGACGGUGUCAAAAGUUGAAGGGAGAUCACUAGGGCAUUAAGAUCGAUUUGUGCUAUUGAAAGCGUAGAACUAGCUUUUUGAAUGGCAAAGAAUUUAUGGAGCAGGCUAGGAAAAUGAGUGGCCUAGACCUGAAAAAAUUAUUAGGGGCUCUAUUGAGGGACCUCCUUGUUUAAUGCAUGUUGCUGGGAAUGUGAAUGGAGUCGAGGCUUCUGUGCUUGGCAGCAUGGAUUGUGCAGCAUAGAAUACUGUGGGAAGAGAUGAUUACACUUGUGCGUGGAGAUUAAAGGGAUAUAAUUUCUCACUUCUUACCGAAGUAGUCAAAUGAUCCCUAAAUGCUUUAUAAACAGAGGCAGCAACUCAAAUGCAAUGAACUAGUGGCUUUUAUGAUGACUACAUUUUACUUGAUCUUUGUGUCCCAGAUCCCAUGAGCCUAUUGAGUAUGUUGACAAAUAUAAUGAAACUCUGUGCUUCUCAUUUUGUUUUAGCUAUAGCAACACAAGCUAGUGUGGAGUUUCGCCGGAAAGGAUCACAAAUGUCUGCAGACGCUAUGACAUCCAAUCCCAUGUUUGAUGCAGGCGAGUUUUCAGACAACUAUGAAUCGGGCAGAGCAGAGGCAUGUGGAACACUUUGUAGGAUAUUUUGUAGCAAAAAGACUGGGGAGGAUAUACUGCCAGCCUACUUAUCCCGGUAAUUAUUUAAUCUUAAUUAUCUUCUCAGAAGCCCUGUUCAGGGGAACUGUUCCCGCAGUCUGUCAGCGCAUGACAUCUGCCAAUUAGCUCCGCCCUUGACAUCACACACUUGAGGUAGCUUGGCUCCUGGCAUUUGUGCAUACAGGAAGUACAUCUGCAGGGUGAGAGUGCUUGCCGAAGGCUCUCUCCUUGCAGAAGUUUGCAUUGUACUUGCAGAUGCCAGAGCACAAGGCUAGCAGGAAUGUAUGAUGAUGUGGGCAGAGCUAGUUUGCAUGGCCCUCCAUGCUCAUGGAUUGAACACAUGAGCAGUUCACCUGAGUAGGGCUCGAAUCUGCUGCUGAGUAUCUGUGUUAGAUAAGAAGGGGUUCUACAACUUUUGAAAGCUCCUUUAUGCCCAAAUGUUGAGGUUGUAUCAAUCCUAAGUAGGAGACCCAUUGAAAUUAAUGAGUCUCCCCGGUUUAGAGUGAAUAAAUAAAACAAAUCUGGCCAAUUGUACGUUUGUAGGAUAAGUGACUGUCCUUGCCAUUUAGAUAUAAUCAGUCAAAGGGGAUGAAUAGAAGAGGAUACUUCACAGGUUCCAUUUUCCCCCCAGGUGAUGAAAAUACAGUAUUUCACCCACAAUGCGCUUUUUUCCUACCUAUGGUAGAACUUUAAUAUGCUGAAUGCAUACUUGGAAACUUUUAAUAUAAGGGAAAUGGAGCAAAUAGAAACACUUUGAUCAUUAUGUUUCAACAGCUGUGUUGGACAGUGGAAGAGAGUGGGUACAGUGCAGCUCAUCAUUAUAAUUGCCUUUAUAUUUAUAUGCAUUUAAAUACAGAAGCCCAUGUUCAUUUUUUUUAUGUCCCUUGGAGAGAAUGUUCAACUAAAAGCAAGCAAUGCAUCCUUUAUUUGAAACAUUAAAAUGUUGGGUACAGCUAUGUUAUGGGUGACAGUAGUAAGACAGAACUUCAUAUUGAGCUUUCUUCCUAUUUUCCAUGUAAUUUUGAGCAAAAUGCUGCGGCAUCAUAUUGUGUAUUUCCCCCCGUUCUGUAUCGCAUGGAAUACUAUGUUUGGGUAACUGUGUUUCAGAAAGAAUAUUGUAGAACUGGAAAAGGUGCAACCAAAAUGAUUAGAAGGCUGGAGCAACUCCCCUGUGAGGAAAGCUCAGAGUGUUUGGGCCUUUUCAAUUAAGGAAAUUUCUUCGAUGUCUGAAGAUUAUUUACACUACUCCAAAAUGUUAGAGAGAUUCCCUUUAUACCCCUGAGAACUGAAUGACAUUUUGGUACAGAAUAAGUAAUCAAAAUGUCUAAAGGACAUUUAUUGUGCUGUUCAGCCUGUGCCUUUGCUUAAACAGACAAGGUGACAGAUAUUGUUAUAUCCACCUGAAAACGCUUCUGUGCUUCUGACCCAGUCCCAAUAGCAUUGGAUUACAAAUGUUUUCUUUCUUACAACUCAUUAAGCCUGUCUUUCUCUGCCAGAUUUUACAUGCUUUUAAUUCAGGGUUUGCAGAUAGCGGAUUCCGUUUGCCAUCCGGUUCUGGCUAGUGUUAUUCUAAACUCUCCUGCAUUAUUCUGCUGUGACCUGAAAGGGAUUGAUGUCUUAGUUCCAUACUUUAUUUCAGCCAUGGAAACUAUAUUACCUGACAGGUAAUUAUAUAUAUAUAUAUAUUCAUUUUUCUGUUUUCUCUUAGUGAGAGAGAGUGAGAGAGCCUGUCUAUGUGGCCUUAAGAAAUUAUCUAAUGCCAGUUUGCUUUUAUGUGUUCCCACUUUCUGCUUCAUUGACCAUGCUGUGAGCAUUCCUAUUUUCAAGAAAUAGACAGGUAGCCUUGGGAACCAGAUUAGCUUUAAGCCAUACAAGUGCUUCAACAGACCACAUGCAUCUUGCCCAUGUAACAGUGCAAAGCUUGAAACAUAUUCAGAUUCUGAGGGAAUGUUAACUGUUUUAAUACCAAGUUGGGGAUCUUGCUUUUUAGCUUUAGGCAUAAGUACUGCAAUCCCCUAUGUUGCUUUCUGCUUACGAAUUCUUACAAUAAAGUGAACACACUGGGCUCUUAUGCAAAGCCAGCACUACCAGGACAUCAGAAAACCCUGAUGCACACACUGACUGUUUAUGACAUAGGUGAAAUUUGCGCAGCAGCUGCUGUCCUUUAAAGUAGGGUGGGUUUUGCUUUGAAAUCAAAUGUGUUGGUGGCAAUUUUGUUUAAAAACUGUUUUUUAAUUUCAGGGAACUCUCAAAAUUUAAAACAUACGUGAAUCCUACAGAAUUAAGAAGAGCCUCUAUCAAUAUCUUACUCUCCUUGUUGCCACUUCCCCAUCAUUUUGGAACCAUAAAAUCAGAGGUAAUGAAUUAGUUUUUCAGUGACAAUUUAUAAAGAUUUAACUUGGGCUUAAUGUAGUAUUGUACUUUCAAAUCAACACUUAGGAUGAAUUACUUCUGCAAUGAUGUUGAUUUUUAAAAACUUCACUGCUGUUGUAUAGGGGAAAAAAGAAAGAAAUUCACAGAAUGGGUAAUUAUUUGUGGUCUUAACAUAAGAGUUCUUGCAGCAGUGAACAUAUGCUUACAAAGGAACAUUUCAGGAUUCGAAAAAGUGUAUAUUACACUGUUACAGUCAUUUCUAGUAGAGAGCAGAUAUGACUGGCAGUGACACUACAAUAGGACUCAGGCUAAAAUCUAUGUUUGUUGGGCAUAAAUCAGGUUUGUUGAGUGAGAAAAUUGUGUUAUACUUCAUUGAUCUGCUGGUUUCAUUUUGCUAGAGUUGAAUCAAGUCCAAUUUUGCAGUCUGUUUAAGGGCUUCGUUUAGCAUUCUUCCUGUGUCAAGUUUUUCACUUUCUUUUUUGGGUGGGGCAUAUAUUAGAAAAAUUAGAUGGGACUAAAAUAGAUUUGUGAACUUUGUAAAAGGUCACUAAGAAUACAUGGUAGUACUGCUAGUGCUAAUUCAUGCAUAUGACUACAGAUUAUAAAAACAAUUUAUUAUUUUUCAGGUUGUUCUGGAAGGAAAAUUCAGCAACGAUGAGAGCUCAUCCUAUGAUAAACCAGUAACUUUCCUUUCCUUGAAACUGAGGCUUGUGAAUAUACUAAUAGGAGCACUGCAGACAGAAACUGAUCCCAACAACACCCAGAUGAUACUAGGUUGGUAUUUCUACUUGAUCUGUGGGAUGUGCAUUUGAAAAUGUGCAUGCCCUUGGUAGUUUAUAGUUUACAGUAGCCUUACCUGAGUGGUGUCACGUUCCAGUGGCAGGAGGCAGAAUUUACGAGCACAGAGAGAAAAACCGCAGCCAGCCAAAGCUUCCAUGGUUGAAGGAAACAGCAGCAUCAUAGUGGGGCAAGCCAUGGAACUGAUUAAGAGGCAGAUAAAGUAACAAAUGUCCAGGAAGCAGAGUGGGGAAUGGCCUCGAUGUGGCUUCACUCCCUGAGAAUAAUCCAGACCAAGAGAGUGCCACAAGUAUUGGAGUUGGUACCAAACAGUGCUACACAUUGGCUCUUCUGGAUCGUGUUAUUCCUGGGAUCAGAAGAAUAUUCAAGGAUUUUGCCCUUAACCUCCAAGGGGGUGCUCUUCAUGUAAAUGUUCUAGCCCUACAAUAAUUUAGCAAGUAUUUUAGCAAUGACUCCUGUCAUUGUAAGGAUCAUUGCUAUGUGAAAAAGAAGAAACAAUCAAAGACGUGUGUAAAAGAUAUUGCAUGUUUUGCAGGGGGGCGGCAGAACUCUCGGCACAUUUGGACAAUGGCUUUGCAAACAUAUUACUGAGCUGAAGGAAUAAUUUGGCUUAUGGUAUGGUAUUGGUAUGGUGGCCGGGGACAAGUUCUAGAACCGGUAGCAUUCUAGUUCAGCCUUGUUUUAAGAGCCACACCUGUUUUGCCUUUAAAACUGAACACCAUAUUUUUCUGAGAACUCUCUACAGUUUUAGCUCUCGUUGAUUACGUUCCUGUGUUAAUGUAUGCCAUUCUCUGUCUCUUUUGUUUUAUCUAGUUCUGUAUUUCUGGGGAAAUCUUCAAAGCUGCCUUUUGCUUUUGGCUUAUAAUGUUCAUAUAAAUUAUAUCACUGGGUUAAAUUCAAAGCAUAUACAGUAGAUAGGUUUGCAACUUCUGCUGUAACAUUCUGAAUUAUAAUUUGCAUUCUCCAGGUGCCAUCCUUAUAUAGGCAGGAAGGCACCAUCCAUACACAAAAGGGAGGUAUCAACAGGCUUAUUUCAGAGCUGUUCACCCCUAAAAAAACAACAAAGGAGGAACUCCAAAACAGCCCAAUGAAGACUGAACAUGCUCAGAGCAAGCAGAAGUAAAAUGUGGGGGUGGAAUGGAGUAUCUUAGAGGGCAUGGGUGGAUGACCGGAAUACUAAACUGGUGCAUCCCAUUCUGCAACAUUUCUGUUUUAGGACCCCUUUGUAUCAUUAGAUAUUUUUUUUUCCCUUAUGCUCUAAAUUUGUAGUAGCACAUAAAUGUCUGAUCUUUUCAGAACAUUCCGUCUGGGCUUUCACUGCAGUAACUUAUUUUUAAUGCAAUCUGAAUAAGAAUUUUAGUGGAGUUUUUGCAGAACACUCUGGCCUUCAUCUUUAAAGGUAGUGAGACCUCAGAGGAAUUGAAGGGGUGAUGACUGCAAUAAGUCAUACUCAGCGGGUUUAUUCUAACACUGGAUUUCAUCCAAAAGUGUCUCUUCAUCAGCUAAGGUGGAAUUUAAGUAAGUGGAAAGGAAGUUUUAUAGAAAUUUAGUUGAAAGCAAGUUUGUUUAGGGCCAGAUUCAACUACUUGGUUCCAUAAGUGGAAGCCAGUACAGGGUCUCCUCCUCUCCUCGCCUGCAGCCCUCCCUCCCCCAAGCCUCUCCCAAAUCCAUUCUAGGAAGUUGGGAGAAUGGAACCGAUGAGACGAUCUCCUUAGUGCUACAUUUUAUUCUACCCUUAGACUUGUAUUAUGACAUAAAAUUUGGAUCAUGAUUGUUAGCUAUCCUAGAUCAGUAUCCAGUUAAUGCAUCCUGUUAGCGGAUGGAUUUCCACUUGUGCAAUGGGACCUUCCCCCUUCCUCUCUUGCCUGCAGCCUGUAGGAUUGGGGGAAACUGUAGAACAGUUUUAGCUAAGGUUGGGGUGGGGUGGGGGGGUUCCACUACCCAUGGAGAAAUCCUUUUGCUGAUGGACCAUGACUUACUACUGCUUUGCAUACAAUCCCAAGUGUUAGGUAUACCUAUAUUAUUUUUAACUCACUUACAAAAAUGCUAAGAUGAUAAAAUGUGAAACAGUAGUAGCUUAGAAACAGCAAAAUAUAAUUUGAAGGUGGGGGACCUGAGACUUUCUAUUUUCCUAGCAGAUUUCCACUGAGCUUCUCCUUGGAGUGGGAUUCGUCAAACUUUGAAAUUUCUUUCUAAGUUGUUAUUUACUGUUUCCAAAAACAGGGAGCAUAUCCUUCCUUUUGCAGGGUGGGGAUGGGUGUUACUUGAUGGAUUUUCACAAAAAGAUGAGGUGGGUGUCCAUCUGGCCAGUACUACUAAAAUACCAAUUUGCUAGAUGAAACAGAAUUUUACCAAAAUUUGAGGUAAUUCUCACAAAAUUCAAAGCAGAGUGUUCGCACGUAUAUCAUUGCCCUUGGAUAUAUUGGUAUAAGGGGUGUGUUUUUAAAAAAUUGUACAUACUUUAAAUAUAAAAUUCUAUCAUUUUAAACUCUACAGGUGCAAUGCUGAACAUCGUGCAAGAUUCUGCACUCCUAGAAGCCAUCGGCUGCCAGAUGGAGACGGUAAGAUGGGUUGUUUUCCUUGUUUUGGAAAAGGGUGCCAGAUUCCUUGUUGGUGUUACAUCAGGUUAUCGCAUAGCCAGAGCACGAAGGAUGCCUGACUCAGUUGUGGGAGGGUAAUCUUCAGCCCUUCAACAGCCUGUUUUCUAACUUGACAGAACGGCGGCGAGAAUACUGUCUUGAAGAGCCACAGUCGCACUAACAGCGGCAUUAGCACGGCAAGUGGAGGAAGCACAGAGCCCACUACUCCUGACAGUGAGAGACCAGCGCAGGCUCUGUUAAGGGAUUAUGGUAAGGAAUUGAACUUCUUAAACAUUUGCAUUCAUGCCCUGGUAUGCAGUUCCCAUUUUUAAAAUGAUUUUUUUUUUAAUGCUAAGGAGAUUUCCAUUUGAAAUAAUGUAGACAGCUUGUAGUCCUUAAUAAUAUAAAAAGCAAGGGAAAGAGUGUAAUAGAUGCUUUAUUAUGAACUAGCAAAAUCAUUAUGAUGGGUUAGUGAGGAAGGAUUAUGGGUAGCAGUGAGAAUGCUGGGAGCAGUCCAACUCUUUAUUUAGUCAACCCACCAGUUCCCUUGCUGCAGCUUUUGUGUUCCUUCACCUCAAUCCCAGGGACUGCCACCACUGCUUUCUCAUUAGACUAAAAGCCUUCAAGAUACUGCCUGAUAACACAGGAUGUAGUUUGGUUUCUCUGAGAUGAUGCCAUUAUCCGUGACCUCUUCUGCUCAGCUGCUCCUGUGUCGGAGCACUCUGACCCCAUUGCAACUUCAGGGAAGAUAAAACUGAAUAUAUCGUGUGGUGUCCCAGUUCUUCAUUGUUGCUUCAGUUUCAUGCACUUUUGUAUGUUUCCAUCUAUCGAAGGCUGAUUAUGGAGUGUCGGCUAAUUGUUGUAUGCCAUGUUCUAGCGCUCCAGUUUUGUGCCUGCUACAAAUGUGUUAAAAAGCAGUGUCCUGCAAUUAAAAAUUAAAAACUGCAGGAGAGCAGUACAGGAUUUGUUUCAUCUGCAGCAGUUUUAUAUGUCUUUCUUCAGCAGUUGAGUUUAACCUGAAAUGUCUGUUUUGACAAGAAAUGCUUCUGUUUCACAUACUUAACCCAGUUUGCUGUGAGAUGCUGUUGUUUUAUGUGCCUGGGGUUCAUAGUGACUACCCAGCUGUCUGGAUUUAUACAUGUCUGAAUUUGAUAAACCAAAGAGCUCAGUCAAGUGAGGGUUUGAAGCAACCUAGGUGGGUGAAGGCAGGAGACCUCAGACAAUCAACUUCCCAGAAAACACAAUAGGAGCCUAUAUUCAAAGUUUAAAGGGAUGAAAUUGGCAAACAGGCAGUUCUCCUUCCUCUACACGGAAGAUUCCCCACAAUUUUACUGGGCAGAAACCUUGCCUUAGGGAUACCACCUUUCUUAAGAGCAGCAACCUGUCUCAGCUACUUAAAUAUUUAAAUGGCUCACUCGUGCCACUGCCUGUCCUUAACAGGCAGAAAACUUAGCACCCAGAUAAAGUACCAGGUAGGUUAUUGAAACACAGGCAGUUGAAGGUCCAGGUUGACUCUUCAGAGACUUUCCCACAUUGUACCUUUCUUGAAGCAAUGCAACAUGUAAGCUGUUUUUGAACCCAGUUUGAUUUUGAACCGGAUGCUGUAAUGAAGUGACAAAGCCAGUCCAUUAAUUAAAAACCAUACAGGCUGCUUGAAACUGAUUAUUUGGCUUAGAAAUAUGGGGAUAGUCAUGAUCAAUUGACCCGGUUUUGGACAUUCAGCUAAACUGUUGUUGUUGUUUACUACUACUACUACUACUACUACUACUACGUGGUUUUUCACCCAAAGGUCUCCAAGUGACUCACAGCAAAGAAAAAUAUAUAAUGCAUAAUGCAAUAGGGAAAAGGAGGGGGGAGAAUCAAAUAAUACAUGAUUUUCACAUCACGAGCUAACUACAUGUUAAAUGGAAAUGAAUCCCAGCAGUGUUUUUAAAAAGCAGUGAAGCUUUAGGCAAGGGAAACUUCAGAGUAGAGAAACAGCAGGGUUCUUUCCUAGUCCUUUCCUUGCCCAUAAUUUAUCCGUUGAGGAGGGCAGGGCUUAGCAAAGCCAUUUCAGAGAACCGAUUUGGAGCAGAUAGACAGGAUAAAGCUCACUCAUUUCUGCUGUAGAGAUCCCUCUCUCAGAAUUGCUUGGCUUUGCAUCAGAACCAGUUCUGUGGAUAUAUAGUUAAUGAAUAUUAUUUGUAUAGCCCCUUUUCUCUUCAGAUCAAUUAAUACAACUAAACAACAACAUUCAUUUUGGAAUUCAGUUCCAUUGUGAUCCUAUUUUUUUAUUUUUUAUUUUUGAGCCUAAGCUUAUCCUUCCAAUAAAUUUUUUGAAACACUUAAUUCUAACUAUGCAGUUUAGAAAGAUCAGUUGUCUAGAAUUUUAUUGUUCUAUCCUGAGGGCAGAAUUCACAUGCUGUAGCACCACAUAUUGAAUGGACAAAGAUAAAGAUAAUGAAUUUCCCUUUCUAAAUUUUCAUGUAAGAAAUUUCUGGCCGUAAUUAAUUGAAAUUCUGUAACAAAUUGGUUUCCACAAGAGAUCUGAUUUAUUAACAUUUAUAAAGUGACAUUUCCCAGCAGUAUUUUACAGCAUCAGAUACUUUGUUUUCAAUGAAGUUCACUCUGACAUGUUUAAGUGUCUCUCUUACCAAAUAGCCUUAAAGUGCAUCUGCAGCUGGCAAAACCUGCUGGAUUAACAUAGGAAAAACAAUGUUUUGGAGACAUCAGCCUGAGAUAUGGAAAGCAUUUGUGUUCCCAAAAAUUUCUUUAUUAAUUUCUCAAAACAAAACAAAACCCACAUACCUAAAUCAGUAAAUAACUUCUUUAGUUAACAUUCAUAGUCUAAAGAAGUUACUUAAUCUGUGUGGAUUGUGAAUGUUUUGCUUCCCAAAUGGAUGUGUUUUCUGUGUGUACUGUGGCUGCUUGAGCUUCUGCCCGAUGGACUGCUUUGCUGACUGUUACUAAUGCUUAGUUGUUUUCCCUCCCUGUGGUGUGUGGUAUUGGGGUUUAUAUCCUAGCUCUUCAUACAGAUACAGCUGCCGGACUCCUGAUUCGCAGCAUUCACCUGGUAACACAAAGACUCAAUGCACAGUGGCGGCAGGAAAUGAGCAUCUCAUUAGCUGCACUAGAGCUUCUUUCUGGUUUGGCAAAGGUGAGCAUCAGGCAGUCUGUUGGGCUAUGGGAUUUGGGCUCAGGUUUUCUGUCUCUCCCAGCCACAAGUUCUUACCUGAUGAUAAUUGUAGAGAGUUUUGCCACCUCUUUAGUGAAAAGAACAUCUGGCAGAGCUGGCAAAAAUAAUUUGUUCUGCGCUGAGGAGCCAACUCCUCCCACACAGUGUGUGAUUUUCGUUUUUCCUCUUGGAAAAGAAAUUGCCCUGGAUAAAUAAUUCAAGGUGAAGAGCAUGUUUACUGAAAUAAAAUAAAUGGCUAAAAGACAGCAGGGUUUUUUUCAAUCCCGCUAGCUAUAGAGGCACCAAAUUCCAGCACUCCUAUGUGUCUCUUCUUUCUAUAUCAUCAUUUAAGCUUUUCAGUUGUGCUUUUACUGCUUCAGAGAGUAUUGAUUUACAUUGUUUCUUAGUUUUGUUGUUAUCAACUGCAAGCCUAAUUUGAGAGGUUUCCAGCUGAACAUCUGCCUUUGCUGCUUGCUUCAGGUGAAGGUUGGUGUUGAUUCUUCUGACAGGAAGAGAGCAAUUAGCUCUGUGUGCUGUUACAUUGUGUACCAGUGCAGUCGUCCAGCUCCUCUCCACUCCAGAGAUCUGCACUCCAUGAUCGUAGCAGCAUUUCAGUGUCUGUGUGUCUGGCUCACGGAACAUCCAGACAUGCUUGAUGAAAAGGCGAGUGAAAUUGCACUGUUUAUCUAUCUAUUAAUGUGCAAACCACAUUAUUUUUCUCUAAAUGUUAAAAAAAUGUCCAGAAGAGCCGCUCCUCCUUUCACCGGGUAUAAUAAUGUGUUCCCAUGUUUUGUUUCUAGUACCAGACUAGAGGCUGUACAACAGAAGUGUAAAAUUCAAGUGGGCUAGAGGAUCAGAUUUCGCCACCCAGCCCCGUUGUUCCCCAUCACUGUUCACUUGUAAAAUAUCAAUUUUGACAACAGCUCAUCUACCUUAAUUAGACAGUAAAGUUGCAGGGGAAGGUGGGCAUAGAAAUGGUUCUUGUGGGUCUGUCAAGCUAUCUGUUCUUAAAUAUUUAUUAGAGUUAACAGAUCACCAAAAAGUCUAACACACACACACACACACACACACACACACACCGUGCUAUAUCCUAGAAGCCACAGACGUAAGCAUUUGUAUACCCCCAAAUCCAGCUAUCGUACUUGUCAGUGGCUGCUACUGUGGCAUAAUGCAGUAGGCACUCUUUUGUUAGCAGAACAGUAGUGUGAUAGGGUGCCAAAUUGGGAGGCCUAGAGGGUCUAAUUUUCUUUUUAAAAUUUAUAUGCUGCCCUCCAUCAGAGGACCAUAGGGUGGUUUACAGUAUAAAAGCACAAAAUACAUGACCUAAUAAACAAAGCAAUACACCCCCUGCAAAAAAAAAAUGUGAGCACAAGUUCUCUGUUUGACACUUCUGGUGCACUCUGAUCACUCUGAUCUCUGCCUCUGCCCUCUCCCUCUUGGAGUUUGAGGCAACACUCCACAGACUUUCUGUUCCAUCACUCUCUUCCCCAAAUUCACCUACCAGGAUGUGUCAAAGAAGGGGCGCGGACCAGCUUACAAAGUCCAGGAACCACGAGUGAAAUCCUUUAACAACACAAGGGCUGCAUUCCUAUAAGCUAGUGUUGGAUAGCAUCUUGUAGAUCGGGGUAGACAACAUGGUGCCUUCCAGAUGUCAUAGAAGAACACUAAAUUAAGAAUACAUGAAAGCAGUGUAAAGUUCUUCCAGAGAUUUUAGUCCUCAUAAGUACAGUGAAUUUGCCAGACAGCUGAACAUUAUGGCUUUUCUCUAUCCCCAGGACUGUUUAAAAGAAGUAUUGGAGAUUGUGGAACUGGGCAUCUCAGGAAGUAAGUCCAGGAACAGUGAACAAGAAUUCAAGAACAAAGGAGAUAAGGAGCCCAAUCCUGCUUCCAUGAGGGUGAAGGAUGCAGCUGAAGCCACUCUCACAUGGUAUGGAAAAUAGUUCAGUCAGCUAGUGGUAGGAAAUUGCUUAAUUUAGAAGUGAGAGUCAGGAGUAUUAGGAAAUGAUCUUUCGGAAAAGUGGUUUUCAUUUAUAUAGGUUCUAGGAGUAGAAAAUGUGUUUACGUUCUCUGUGUGUUAAACGUUGUUUUCUUUGCAGAUGAGCAGGAUUUUAUCUGUUUCUGCAAUCUUCUUUUGAAUCUCACUUGUCUGUUUGUAGUUCUAGCUAACAUUACACCAUCAGUGUAUCUGACGAGAUGUCAUAGCAAUGUGUGAAUGUAUUUUUAUGCGAUACGUAUUUUGACUGAGCCGUUUUCUUUGGUUUACAGCAUCAUGCAAAUACUUGGAGCAUUUCCUUCACCCAGUGGCCCUGCCUCACCUUGCAGCUUGGUGAAUGAAAUCACAUUAAUUAAAUGCUCCCGUCUUCCUUCCAUAAACAAAUUCAGCUUCCGCUACUUCGUCUUGGACAACAGCGUCAUCCUUGCAAUGUUGGAGCAGCCUCUAGGGAAUGAGCAAAGUGAGUCUCAGCUGACAGUAGGGUGAUGGUAAAAAUUUGUAUGCCGUGUUAUCAAGUGUCUACCUGUUUCAUUACACUGGUGUCCUGCUCUACAGAACAUUGUGGAGUAUUAUGCAAAGUAUUAGGAAACUCUGGCACAGUAAAAAUUCAGACAGCAAGAAUGUUCACAUAAUCACUGGGUAUACAAUAAUAUUUUUUAUAAUCUAUGCAAAAUCCAGCCUUCCAUUUUCUCCAGAUAUUUCUCCAUUUCCAGUGUCUCACUUUCAUAAUACUAUAAAAUGUUAUCCUCCCCACACACCCCAAAAAGCCCUCUUUUUUAAAAAUCCUCCCUGGAUAGAUUUUUCCAUGUAGUGAAGUCUCUGGUAUGGAGCUUGGCAGAUCAAUACCUGAAUCUAUAGUUGCCUUUUUAUUUAAAAUAUUUAUGCUUUGACUUUCUGAAAGCCAGAAACAUAUCAUAAAUAAAACUGCAACAGACUAAUCAGUAGCAGUCGGCACAGAACGAAUAACCAACAAAACACUUGAAAUUCAAUAACCUGCCGCGAAAGCUAUUGGACAGUACAAAUUAAUAAGUUUAACCCACCUCUGGAAUAGAACAGAUUUACCUUGCCACCUGAAAACUAAUCUGGCAGAAUAAAACAGCCCUCUCUGGAAAGCUUGUUCCAGUGUUACAUAUUCACACUUAUUUCAACUAAAGUCUAGAUGCAUACAGUCAGUGUGCUACUGAGACAAUCUAAAUGAUGAUCACAGCAAACACUGGAAAAACUCCCUCGAGCCAAGCUCUCUGUUGAAUAUUCUGUCUCUGUUGUGCAAUUUGAAUAAAUUAUGCAAUUGAGUCUGAAUUUUCCAUGUUUUGCUAACUCAGAUUUUUAUUCUCAAAUAAUAAUACCCUUUGACCAUCCUUGCACCAGGAGGUGGGCUAUUCGUAAUACUUUUGGGGCAUCGAAAGGACUUUGCAUACAGUGGCCUGGCUCACACAUUGCACUAAGCCAAACAAUGGCAGCACAACAGCAGAACCAACCAGGAAGGAGCAAAGUGGUCACAUUCUCUUUGAGAGCCAGCAUUCACACUAAGCUAUUGCUUGGUUUAGCAUGAAGUGCAAGCCAGGACAUUAUCUAGGUAAUCUUUUCAACAAUCCCAUUAGAUACAUCAGUGCUCUUAACCCCACGAUGCAGACGGGUGGGCGUUGAGAUUGAGGGAAAGUGGACUAAGGUCAACUGUCAUGCAUGAAUUCUUACAAGAUCUGAAUUGGCUUGAUAAAAUGAAUCCACCCUUUUAGAGUUGUACUGUAGGCAUUCAACCUAGUUAAACACAAUUUUGGUCUGGCUUCUGUUGCUUUGACAGAGUAACAGCUUCAGCUGAGCUCUUGUAGCUUGGCUUUGAACACCUGAGAUGCUCAAUGCAGUUUUUACUGCAUCAGGUCAUUUUUAUUGACCACAUUAUUGGCCAGCUUAAUCUCAACCCCUCCAUCCUUUCUUUCACCUGGUAAACUAGGAGAAACUUCCCAUGGUGUUUUCAGUUCCGAACUGGUGGCGAAAGAGCCUUCCAAUUCUUCUCGCCGGCAACGGCACAUUUCUACCCACAGGGGGCAGGAUUAUUCUGCUGCUUACAGAUUUGUUUGUUCAAUUACCACAGGUAGUAGGGCUGACCGUUUUUCUUUGCUUGCUUACACAUAUGCACAGUUUCAUGUUUAAUUUCUCACUUCUGUCACUUCAUGCGUGUGUGUUUCCUUCUUCAGAUGACUUUUUCCCUUCGGUCACAAUUUUGAUCCGUGGGAUGUCUGGAAGACACGCCUGGGCCCAACAACUCUGCCUUUUGCCUAGAGGAGCUAAGGCAAAUCAAAAGGUCUUUAUCAAAGCCAUAGUGAAAACUAUGCAUAACGUUGCCUCCAAACUGCUGUGAGAUAUAUCCAGAGAAAGUAGUAACGCUAUACAAUGGUACCUCAGGUUACAUACACUUCAGGUUACAGACUCCACUAACCCAGAAAUAGUGCUUCAGGUUAAGAACUUUGCUUCCGGAUGAGAACAGAAAUUGUGCUUCAGCGGCGCAGCAGCAGCAGGAGGCCCCAUUAGCUAAAGUGGUGCUUCAGGUUAAGAACAGUUUCAGGUUAAGAGAGGACCUCUGGAAUGAAUUAAGUACUUAACCCAAGGUACCACUGUAGUAUCCUUGAUGAGUUACUAGCUUUUCCACCCUGUCACUUUUCACACCUCUGAGGUGCCUUCUAGAAGACUACAGUGGUACCUCAGGUUACAUACGCUUCAGGUUACAUACGCUUCAGGUUACAGACUCUGCUAACCCAGAAAUAGUGCUUCAGGUUAAGAACUUUGCUUCAGGAUGAGAACAGAAAUUGUGCUUCAGCAGUGCGGCAGCAGAAGGAGGCCCCAUUAGCUAAUGUGGUGCUUCAGGUUAAGAACAGUUUCAGGUUAAGAGCGGACCUCCGGAACGAAUUAAGUACUUAACCCGAGGUACCACUGUACAAUAUUAUUCAGUCAAAUGAUCAGAGAUGGGUACACAUGGAUGCAUGUAUAUAAAUGUACAGUAUGCACAUGGUGUGUGUUGAAUGUCCCAUUUAAAUCAAACAUAGAUUCAUCAUCUCUAAUGGUAGAAAUCUACCCUUUGCAUGCCUAGCUGUAGCUGGAACCAUGCAGUGGGGUUUCGUUUUUGUAACUUGCGUUGCUUAAUCGGGAGCUUGUGUGUGCCAAAAAUAUAUCAGGCUGUGCAAAAUAUUGGCAUUUAUUGGCAUUUAGUGUGUAAAUAUCUUCAGACAUGAGUGGGACAUGUUAAUACAUACUCUUGUUUCCUAAAAAGAUGGUAAAAGCAGUAUUCUUUCUACAACUGUAGCUUUCCAUAUUUUUCUGCUUUGAGUUUUGUAUUCAGAUUUGGGGCACAUUCUUAGUUAAGGUCCAGGCAGAGACUACCAAAGUCAGAUCAGGAUCUCUAAUUUUGGUAUGGAAGAAACCAUUCUGGAAGCUACUAUAAGUGUUGCUUUAGUUAUAACCUAAAAGUACAGCUCAGUCUAACCACCACCCCUGCCCCUUCUCCAAAACUCUUGACACCUGCUUCAGCAAUAAACCAUUGCUUCAGAAAUAUCAUGCAAUAUUUGACACAUUAAGAAAAUUAUGGCAUUGUUCUGUUUCUUGAACAGAUGUUUGUCCCAGAGCCUCGUCCUGCACCUAAGAAUGAUGUUGGACUCAAAUACAGCGUGAAACAUCGGCCAUUUCCUGAGGAAGUGGACAAGAUUCCUUUCGUGAAAGCAGACCUGAGCAUUCCAGACUUGCAUGAAAUAGUUACAGAGGAAGUAAGAGACUUGCAGUAUUUUGAUUUCUUACCCCCUCCCUGUGUGUUUUGCUCCACAAAACGUGUUAGUCAUUACCUCUCAAGUAGAAAAUAUUUUUUCUCAGCGACUUUUACUGCUUUACCUGUACUCAACGUUGGUGUUGCUGGCCAAAAGGGUGGGAGCCUGGCACAAAGUGUGCCUUUCCAUAGCCCCAUACAUCAAAAUGCUCCCUGCAUGCUCAUCUUAUAAACCCGAGUAAAGCAUUUCUGGAGCAGAAGCUUUUCAUGAAACUGCUGCCAAAGUGAGCUAAAAUGUCCUAUUGUUCUUAUCCCUGUGAAGGUGAAAAGUCAGCUUGUUGCUUCUGUUAACACUUCUUGCAGCUGUUCUUUGAAAUCGGGCACUGAUUUAGGAGUGUCACAGUGCACGUGCCGAACAGCAGGUGUAUCCAUCUCUCUUAACCCAGCAGCUGAAGAACAUCAGCGGUCACAAUUUUAUUAGAAAGCUGGGGGGAAAUUACAGCAGCUUUUUCAGGCACUCAUUGUCGGUGCUGUUUGGCUUGGCAAACAGGUACCACCAUUUGUUGUAGGCUGCUACUGCGCUCAGCAAUUUUUGAUGUCUAAAAUGAGGGUGUUAAAUAUAUGUUUCAGCUGGAGGAGCGGCAUGAGAAGCUGAGAAACGGUAUGGAUCAGCAAGUUCUUUAUGAGAAGUCUAUAGAUCAGCAGAUGGAGGAAGACUGGAGAAAGAAGAAUUUCCCUGACCCAGUCACAGAGUGUAAGCCGCCGCCUCCUGCACAGGAGUUCCAAACAGCACGCCUUUUCCUCUCUCACUUUGGAUUUCUGUCACUAGAAGCACUGAAGGUGACUGGAGGCUUCCCUUAAUUGCUUCAAAUGCUGCCAUUAUUAGAGACUAUUACUGUUUAAUAUUGGGUCCAACCGCUUAUAGCCUACAUUAGACAGAGCUGUGCAGGAAAGCAGAACAAAUUUGGGUACAAAUAACAAAGAUGUUUGUGGCAUCCUGAAUAUUAUAAAAUUGUUGGUCUUCAGGGUGCCACAAGACUCGUUGUAAGGUUUUCUUUUUCUUGCAACAGACUUAAAACAGCUUACUGCUCUGGAUAUUUAUCUAAAUUACUUUCAGAAAGUGUUAACCAUUGUGAUGCCAUCAGUCUAUGUGGGUGUAAGGCUGGCUAUUGUAUCUACAUGGAUUUUUUAAAUUGGGUUUAUGUGUAUGGGCGGAGGGGCUCUUUUUCUUCAGAUUUUAAAAUAAGGUCCUUGUUUCAUUGUUGUAUGUAGAAGAAAUGUGUCUGUCAUUUUCAUUACUUAGUACAAUUUCUUUUUUGCAUCUGCACAACUCUAUGUGUUGCUAUAUAAUAAAGCUGUAAGACUGUUGUCAAGUUGCAGUUAGUGUGGCUGCCAAUAGAUGGCCACAGCAAUUCUAGCAUCAUUACAAAACAGCAGGUGGGAGAUCAAGCAACAUGGAUGAUAGAUGGCACAGCGGUUUAAAGAAGGGCAAGAGGAACUUCAGAAAGCAGUUUGGCAAACUCUGAAGUGCCUUUCGCCCUUUUGUUAAAUAUCUCUCCCAUGGUGUUUGAAGAGGGCAGGGUGUGCUUCAGAGAGCAAUUUGGCAAACCAUUCUUUGAACUAACUUCCCAUCCUCCUUUAAAAGAGGGUUGGGGGUGAGCAGGAAGGGGUGGGGAGGUUUGGGUGAGCUGUGAAGCAAUAGACAAAGACAUGUGUACAAGACUACUAAUGUGGGCUCUUCCUCUUGGAUCUUCUUUAGCAAGCUGAUUGCAUAUUAACAAAUUUAAGUGACUGAUCACAAUUUAUAGGUAACCACAAAAGGUGAUUAUGUAGAGGUAUAAAAUCUACGUUGCUUUUUGUUUGGUUAGGAACCUGCUAACAGCAGACUACCUCCUCACCUGAUUGCACUUGAUUCUACUAUACCCGGGUUUUUUGAUGACAUUGGCUACCUGGAUUUACUACCAUGUCGUCCUUUUGAUACAGUUUUCAUUUUCUAUAUGAAGGCAGGUCAGAAAACAAGCCAAGAAGUAAGUGGCAUGCUUCUAAUUUAAACUCUAUCAAAAAGUGUAUUCAAAACAUAAAUAUAUAUUCUCUUGAACUAGAGGAGUAGAAGAGUGUGUCUUUCACAUCACUGGACGUGUAUCAUCACUAAAACCCCUUAGAACUGGGUAGCACGAUGCUGUGAUGGCACACGGUGCAUAUGCAGUUUCUUUGCACUGCCUAGUCCAAGCUUUCCCCAACCUGGUACCUUCGAGAUGUCUUGGACUACAUUCCCAUCACCAUUGGUCAGGGACAAUGGGAGUUCUAGAAUUGUGGAAUACAUACUGCCCUGGGGUAGAUAACCAGUUAAUAAUCUGCUCCAAUGUUGUUUACUCUGCUAUCUAGAUGGCUUGAUACUUCAGGCCAGCACUUCUAAACACCUUAAAAAUGUGCAUAUAUAACUGCACUGCUGGCCUAUUUUCUUCCAGAUUUUGAAGAAUGUAGAGUCUUCCAGAAAUGUCCAGCCACACUUCCUAGAGUUCUUGCUCUCCCUUGGCUGGUCAGUUGAUGUAGGGAAACACCCUGGAUGGACGGGGCAUGUCUCAACUAGCUGGUCCAUUAACAGUUUCUGUGAUGAGGAGGGAUCUGAGCAAGGUGAGAGGUGUUUGUGGAGGUUUCUGUCUGCUUUAAUACUUUGUGUCAUCUUAGUGUUCUAGAUGGUGCCUUCUUCCCCCUCUACCCCAAGACCUGGUAGAUUGCAUGCUCCUCCAGAAGACUACUGCAGAUCUGCAUUGGAUUUGGAGAGGGGGUGACUACAUAUUCACCGCUAUCAUCCCAUUGUGAUUUCAGCACUGGGUUCAUCACUGCCCCAUUGUCUUUAGGAUGCUUCCUUAUGCAUAGUUUUAGAAGGGGUGGCCAGAGAGCUGUUCUUAUACUGCUUUUCUUACAUCACUGCUGAGAUUAGUAUCCCCAGAUCUUCUGGUCUAGCAGCAAGUGGUAUGCAGAGAAGUGCCUGCAAGGAUCUCUCCGUAUUCAUCCGUGGAACAGAUUCAUGUAAGGUUUGGGGUGGGUGUCCUAGAAAGUAGAAUAAGUUGUACAAUAGGUGCGGGGGGGGGUGACGAAGUGCAUAACGAGACUGGAAGUCCUUCCCUUCAACCCCAUCUUUUAUUUGCUGUGUUCUCAGAUGAAAUAAUUCCUUCAGAAGACAUUGGGGCAAGUAUCUUCAAUGGGCAAAAGAAAGCACUAUAUUAUGCAGAUGCUCUUACAGAAAUAGCUUUUGUGGUUCCCUCACCUGUGGAGUCCUUAAGUAAGUGUUCUCUGUGUGUAUCUGUUGAUUCCAUAGCUAAUUCCAAAGAGAUUUCCUCGGUUGUGUCACAAGUGUAUCAAAUAUUUGCAGUAGAAAUGGGUGUGCAUUGAAAAUUCUAGAGUUGUGUCCAGUGGUGCACCAAGGAGUUCUCCUGGUGCAAUGAGUGUUUGCUUUCCUCUCUUCCCCCUGUGUAUUUGUUACAUCUGAAGUGUAAUUGCCACUCAUGUGUUUGUGCCUAACUUAUCCCUUUUGGCUUUCAGCUGAUUCCUUGGAAAGCAAUGCUUCAGACCAGGAAAGUGACUCCAAUAUGGAUCUUCUGCCUGGAAUACUAAAGCAGCCUGCACUGACACUUGAGCUCUUCCCCAAUCAUACAGACAAUCUCAGUUCUUCGCAGAGGGCAAGUUUAUGCAACAUUGACCAAUGAAGUGUACUUGAUAUGCAAGUGAUAGUCUUAAAGUCGAAUAGCCUCUUCCUGUAUUAAAUAAUAUGAACUGUUUCAUGAUACAAUAAUAAUACUUGCAAAAAAAUGUUAAUUCAGAAAUAGAAUAAUUUAGUAGGAGCGAGCUUCCCAUUUAAUAGUAAUUAAGGUCAUGUCUUCCCCACGAGUUGGGUUCGGUUGUUUUUUUAGGUCUAUCACAGUUAUCAGACACUUAAAGUACAGUAUUUUGUACCUGAGGAAAUCUUCCCCAGUAGGUGUUGCCAUGGUGCAUCAGAAACAAAUAAAAAGGAAUCUAAAAUAAUUGGAGAUGUUUAGGCCUCAGCCUGACAACAGUACAAUAUUUAUUGUCUUUUUAAUGAAAUGUUCACAAUAGGUUGUAUGCAUUAUAAUUAUUUUUCCCAAAACUUUUGAAAAGGACAGUCUGAAUUGCACACCUGUAGCUUUGAUUAUUUGGUGACUGUCUUCUUUUUUUCUUUUCUCUUUUGUAUUUCCAACAGCUCAGUCCAACUUCCAGAUGCAAGAGGUUACCGCAUGGUCGGGCUGUUCCACCAAUGGGACCUGAAACCAAGGUUUAUGUGGUCUGGGUUGAACGUUAUGAUGAUAUAGGUGGGUGAAUCUUAGGCUUUUAUUAUGGAGUUUGCAUGAGCAGGCAGGACAUAAAAGCCUUAGGUUUCUACUCUCCCCCUUCCCUUCUUCUCCUCCUGGCUGGGAGAAGGACUCCACUAGUGUUUACACUUGGUAAACUGAGCUCAGCAUUCUGUGCCAGCCACAGAUUGUGGUUUAAAACAGCCCUUGUCAGUUUCUAAGCAAACCAUCUUCAUAACCCAGGCCCCCAUGUCCAGUUCUUGUUUUAUUAAUUUGCUUGUUUCAGCCAUUUGUGAGUAGUAUAGAAAGUGUUUUACUUAAGAUUAUUACAAGAAGCAUUGGUUUUAAAAAUAUAAAAUGGGGGAAAAUCCCAACUUGUUUGUUUAGAAGAGUCUGGUUCUGCUUCUUCUUGCUCCUCUCGGGGGCAAACUGGUUCUGCAGCAAUCCCCAUGGUGGCAUUUGGAGGAGGGCUGGGUUGCUGUGGCAGCUUGAUGGUGACAAUUCCUCAAGCUCCUCCUUUCUCCACUCUGCUCAGGGCACGAUGGUCCUUCAGACCAAUUCUAGUUACGUGUUUUUAAAUACCAGUCACUUAACAUGAUUUGGUUUCUCAUUUUGUACUAUCUCUUACAACAUGAAAAGGGAAUAUUUAAUCUAUCGUGAAUAUGUUUAUCUUGCAGAGAACUUCCCUCUCUCCGACUUGGUUUCAGAGACCAGCACUGGAGUAGAAACUACAACAAACAGCAGCACUUCAUUGAGGUAUGGCUUGAAUUUAUCCGCAUUUCCACCUCUGCCAUUUGCAUAGAAGUUAAUUCAGGUUAAUGCAUUGCUUCCUGCUAUUUCUUUCACUCUUGGAAGUACUCUGCUCACAUGCAAGCUGCGUGUUGAGUGUUCAUGGAUUUUAGUCCCAGCAGCCCUUAGAAAGCUGUGUUGGCACUUGAGAAAUGUUGCAGAAAUUCAUGAGUCCAAAGGGUGUGGUUACAUGGUCCUUCCCCUUCUUUCAAACACGUAUUUUGUGCCCAGAAAACUGUCAGUCCAAUGCCUUAUAUUCCUCCUAUCACGCAAUAUUUUUAUGGCAUUGCCCAGAUUUUGUUCCUUCAAGUAACAUUCAAGGUGUACCCAAUUUCUACACUUUUGUAUAUUUUUCAAGUUUUUAUUUAAUUUUGAAAAAAAUGUUGGCUGGCCCAGCUGUUUCCAUUUUGAAAUGUUUGCUUACAUUGGUAAUGUUUAUAUGUUUAAGGUCCGCUACUCCUGAAAAAGAGGUUCCAGUGAUUUUCAUCCACCCCCUAAAUACUGGAUUAUUCAGGGUUAAAGUGCAAGGAGCUACUGGGAAAUUCAACUUGGUCAUCCCACUGGUGGAUGGAAUGAUAGUAAGCAGGAGAGCACUAGGUAGGUGCUUUUAGUUAACAUUGGAUGAUUAAGCAACGCUGACACAAAACCCUACACAUAUUAAGUAAAAUAGAAACAUCGCCACCCAAUCCCAACCCCCUUCUUCCCCCCACACCUCUUUCCUCCUUUUCUUCCUAAUGUCUCAACAAAUGAAACUGAUUUGUAAAAAUGUUACAUGGUAAAAAUAUGAGAGAGAGAGAGAGACAUUACACAUACUUUUGUAAAUCAAGAAAAUCUUCAAUAAAAAUACAUUAAAAAAACCAAAAACAAAACAGAGCUCCCCUUGGAGUAAGGGAGGAAUAAUGAUAAAAAACAUUGGAUGAUUAACGUAACUCUUCUCUUUGGGGCUAUGAGUGCAAUUUAAUAAUGCUAUCCCUUGCCACAUCACCAGACUAUUUCUGAUGUUGCAAAUUGUUCUGCCUGGAAAGAAAAAUGCCCCCAUUUCUCCUUUUCCAAUGAAGGAGAUAACCUGGAGUGCUUGGCUGGGAUUCUCAGCAACCAUAGCCAUGUCGAAAGGCAUCGGUUUGUGGGUGGCUGAAUGAAUGACAAAUGUUCAGAUACUGUGUUCAUAUACCAUCUUUGAUCUUGUUGGGUAAGGUGUUUUCCAAGAAGGCAGGGAACUAGCCUUUUCAUACUAAGGCAGAGUAGCACUUACGUUUCAAGACAGUCUCUUCGUCCAGAUUUAUUCCUAAGUAAAGUUGACAAGUAUGAGAAGAUUCCAAACCUCACAAGUGUCGCUGACUUGAGGAUGCAGAGAACACUUUUUCCUUUUAGCCUCAGAAAGUCCUAAAAAUAACUUUCCUGGGGGAAGAAGUAAGCGGCAUUAACAUGUUCUUUUUUCCAUUUAAGGCUUCUUAGUGAGACAGACAGUAAUAAAUAUUUGUCGAAGAAAACGGCUGGAAAGUGACUCGUACAAUCCUCCACAUGUCCGUCGAAAACAGAAAAUAGCUGACAUUGUCAAUAAAUACAGGAACAAACAGCUGGAGCCAGAGUUUUAUACCUCUCUUUUCCAGGAGGCUGGGCUCAAAAACUGCAAUCCUUAGACCAAUAUCCUCCCUGAACAAUUAGAUCAGAGCUUGGUGUCUACGGUAAUGGGGGGGGGGCCCUUCCCCACCCUGCAAGUCCUGUAUAAAGAAACCACAACCUGAGCAUGACUUCUGCUUCUGCUGCAAGGAAGAAAUGAGGACACAAUAUAGGCACUUUCCCUGAAAACCAGCUUCACUCCAUCAGCUGCUGCAGAGGGACAAACUUUCACCAUCAGUCACUAUUUAGUAAUAUGUAGUGGAUGUGUAGUAGAGAGAGGGGGGUUAACUGCACUUCUCAUAGCUUUCUCUGUUGACCUAAAAUGCCAGAUUCUGAACAUAAAGACCUAGCACCUGAAGUUUGCUACUUGGCUUCAUAGCAGGUUGGGUUCAGGUGCAUUUUUUCCCCAGACAGAGACCAUGAAAUUGCAAUAAAUUAUUGUGCUAUAUCUUGUUUGGUUUGCUUUCCCACCUGCAAGCAGGCCUAUUUAUUUAUUUUUAGCCCCACUCAGAGGCUCCAUUUCUGAUUCUGCUCCUCUAGAUCCAAGAUGCAUGUACCCAUGGGUCCAUUGCUCAAAGUUUCUUUACCUUUGUAGGUUGCAAGCACCCUCUACCUACUGCUGGCCAGUCCAGGAUAAAAGCUCUGGGGUAUUGGUGAGGGAUGGGGAAGCAAAGAACGUUGGCUCUUUGAGCUAAGGAUGGUCCAUUUAAGUCAGCUUUGAGAAAAAGAAAAGCCUGUAUAGUGGUUCAUCCCGAUUGUAUUUAUGACCAAUACAUAAUUUCACCUGUAUCUUAUGAAUGCUAAAAAUGUGAUUUCUCAUCUGACCAGUCCACCCUUAUAGAAAGAAGUGAAAUCCUUGUCCUGGAAAAAGGUGCAAUCAGAAUGUGUGUCCAUCUCUGCAUGUAAGAACUAGUUACAACCACCCUAUUGUGAAAUCUGAUUUCUGAAUUGCAAAUGUUCUUUACAGAAAGGGAUAGAUGCUUCUUUUCAUGUCCCACAGUUCGUUCAUUCAUUUUACUGAAAGAGGUGGGUUUCUUUUUUUAAAAAAGGAAUUAUUCAAACCUUGGCACACCAUAGCUGUCCAAUGUCAUCGGAAGUGAAGACCCAUGCAAGUUAAAUGUAAGGUCAUGAAAAAGUGUACUAGAAAUUAUCUGAUAAUUGUUACAAGUGUUUGAAAUUAAAUGGUUUCAUCCUUGCUUUGCUCUGAUAUCAGUCUGGAACCAUAUAUUACAUGCAUGGCUUCUGCCAAAAACAACCGGCAAUGUUGUCCCCACCCUUAACAUCUAGUAAUACAAAGUCAAGCGGCUUCAAAUUUCCCUGGUGUCCCUCCACUUCAUUGGCUAAUAUGUGUUGUAUUACUGGAUGUUACUGGAGUGGAAAGAAAUAGCUACCCUGUGCAGAUUUAAAGAAUAAAUUAUUACAUCACUUGGUUUUCUUGUGCUUGAUACUUGGAUGCAAGGCAGGGUAUCAUUUUCUUAAUAAAACCUUUUUUGAAGCUGAUAAAACCUUUUAAAAAUCUACCUGCACAUUUUAUAAAUGGAGGCUGUGUUUUCCAAAAGGGAAUCCAGAAAAUAAUGCUUUGCGCAAGAACUUUCUGGAUAGCUAUUAAAAAAAGUCAAAUUGCAUUUUCAGAAAUAAGAGAUACAAACCUAGUCCACAUUUAUUUGGAAACAAGUCCUAUUGAUUUGAAUAUAUUUGAUUCCUAGUAGGCAUAUAGUAUGAUAUUUAAGCAAGCAAGAAUUAAGUUCCUAAGUUCCCAACACGGUUUACCUUUGAGGUUUUUUAAUGGUUCUCUUCUCUUUUUUUACCAUCAGCCAUAAUAAAAUGCAUGCAGAUUAGCACGUUUUGCUUUACUAUUGCCUAAUUGUAGGAAGUUGCUGGAACGUGUUCAAGGAUAAAAUGUGAAGAAUACCUAUUUAGAAGCAAACACUCCCAAGAUCAAGGUGAUUCACUUCAUAGCAGCCCCUUAGUAUUUAAGAUUCAUCAUUGGGGAGCCAGUAUAAUAUCCUUACAAGUCUUAACCUAGUACUGAAACAAGGCUGAGAAAUUCUAGAGCAAAAUUAACUCUUGAUUCUUCAGAAGCAUAUAUAAUAUUAAUAAUAAUGCAAGUGGCUUACCAUUGACAAUACAAUUUUUGUUUUGCUUUAAUUUGUUCAUUUUUUGCUUAUGGAACACAUGGCCUGUAGUCUUCUGAAGCAAGUGAACUACUCUCCCAGUGUUAGUGAAACACAAGUUGGUGGGCCUUUUCAAUGUCUAAAAUUAAUAUGGUCUGUUCAGUUUCUGUGCCCUUUUGCUUUUAAAUACAACAUUGGAAUGUCCUUUGAAAAACAGUUGACUUCCACUUGUCUAUUUAUUUAUUUUUUAAAUACCCAGUGUUCCCAGUAUGCAUAGCAUGGAACUUUGAAAACUUUUAACUGAUGUGUUAGCCAUAAGAAACAUAGACAUGAAAGCUUUCGUUUUGUUAAAACCUUUACCUUUCUCAAUGUUGCUAUGCAAUCUGAUACUUCAGGGCAGGAAGCAAACUGUCCAUUAAUAGAAUGUGCAAAAGUAAGUUAUAUUUUGACUCUUUGAGAUCCUGAAGAAAAGCUCUUUUGAAACUGGCCGACAGCAGCAGUAUUCCCCUAUAUCUUUUGAUGUAGUUGAAUUAUGACAAAGAAACCAGAGUAGCAAGGUCUGGAGCAAUUGGCGAAGGGCUUAGCAAAAAGAAACUUGGUCGCUUUUGAUGGAUUUCCAGUGAGGCUAUGUGUGUUAAAGCUACUCUUUGCGGCAGUACUUGCUUCAUAAUGGUUAUAACAAAAAUAUUUUAUUACACAGCACUCCUCUGAGAGGUGUACUUUUUGUUCAUAAAAGCUGCCAGGGUGGUCAUUUAAAAACCCUAAAGAGCUUCCUGGUUUCUUAGGGAAGAUUAAACAAUGGAGCCUGCUGCUUACAUUGAAUUAGCAUGCUAGUGUCUUGUCAGCUUGUGGUGUAGGUCUACAUAUGAAAAAUAAGGGCGCAUCAUAAAAUCACUCUCAAAGUCUGGCAUGUUUAGCUGUCCUGCUUAAUUGAUGCACAGAUUGGAACAGCAAAUAGCACUGCUAGUGGGGAUGCAGGUUGUUCUGAUACUUGCAUAGCAGUUACUUAGUACUGAACAUUUGCCAGUAUUAACCUAGUGCACGAACACUAAACUUAAUUGAACCCUCUUAGAUACUGUUCUGAUCUAGAUGAUGAUCUGUCACAUUUAGUCCAUGGAUUAAAUGGCACAACCAAUGCAUGCGUACCACAAGAGCCGUGCAAUAAAAGGUUGAGCAGUUGGGCAACUGCAUAUAAAAAUCAAUGGUUUGAACCAUGUAUGUACUUUGGGUGAAGCCAUUAGUUUGUUUUAACUAAUGACCUGCCAAAACCAUCCUUUUGAGUUACACAGACAGGACAGAAAUGUAUUAAAUCUACAACAGCUUUUGAACUGGGUUAGAGGCAUGGCCCAGUUUGGUGUUCAAGAGUUUGAAUAACUUGCUUUUAAUUACAGCCUCUCAUGUUUAAAAACCUUCUGUUUAGUAAAAGAAAUUUCAGUUUGUUAAACUCUGCUGUGAAAAUAAAGGUCCCCCCUCCCCCAGGAACUCCUUUCUAUUAAGCCAGUGUAUUCUUGCCCCCAGGAAUUUACUUCUCCAAACUUUAUAAUUUGCUUGAUGCAGCCUUAACUUAGACUGUAUUUUAUUUUAUUUUUUAAAAAACCCUGCUCUUGAGCAGACAUGCUGCCCUGGAUCCACAUUUGUGUUAUACUUACUUUUUCUUCCAUUGUGUACUUAACAGCACACAAGUGGACUUGAAGUUGUGGCCUAAAUCUGCAUGCAGGAAUUCUUUUGAUUCUGUUAAUAAAAAUACUACGGAGGGAAAUAACAGCAGUGAUUUCUCCAAACAGCACUGAGCAAUUAAUGGAAAUGUGUAAGGGCUCACUUUCGCUGUAUUAUCCCAAAUGUGUGUGAUGUGGUCCUUUGGUACAGAUGCUGGUUGUCUGUCUUUGUAUGUGUGUAAAUGAGAAGGCUUCCAAGUGCACUGAUAGCUUCCUGUCCCCUGUGCAGAACUAUUGACUGACCAAUUAACUGCAAUACAAUGUUCUGUCUAGAGCUCUCUAAACAUGACUGCCUUUGAAAAAUUGGUUCUUUUUAGGUCAGGUUGAGGCAUCAGGCUUGUAAAACUCAAUAUAACAUUUAAAUUUCCAACUUUUGUUUUGGAUACCAUUGCACAGGAUAAUCAAAAGAAUCGAAGUUUGUAGACCAGGCUUGGUUCUUAACGUUUAGGUUGCUUGUUUCCUAUUACCGUUUCCUUUAGGUAUCUUAACUACCAUGUAUUAUUUGUUUUCACUCUGGUCUCUUGAAGAGAUAAAAUAUUAGGGCUGCAGUAUUUACCACAUAAACACAUACAAGGGUUGUACUCAAGUCCUCUUAAUAAAGCAUCAUACACUUGGAAGUUAGUCAUCUUCACAACAAUUUCAAAUCAAAAAUGUCAGUUUUAGUACCUUUUUGAUAGUUUCCAUUUAAGAAAUAUAAAGCACCUUUAAGCUGGUCCUUCAAAUAUAUUUUAAAUGUAAAGAAAAAAUCAAAUGGGGAGGGAGCUGAGUGGAAUCAUGUCUGAAAGAGUAGCUAUUUUGUAUGGAGAGCAGCUGUAAAGCAGCUAUAGAAAACGCAGCUUGCUUCUGGUCCUCAGUACCAGCCCUAUUUUCUUCAGUGGGUCAUAAGCUGUUAGGAGUGCCUUGAGGAUUGGACUGCCCAUUAUCUGUAGCCGCUUCCCAGGAGGGAAGUAUACAAUUGUCAUGCAGUGUUCAUAAUAUUUAGCCCAGGUGGAUUAUAGAACUAUAAUUCAACAUGAAUAGUGAACAGAAGUACAACACGGUGAUAGUUACACAAUUGAUAGAGUGCAUCUUUGAAAGACAACUGGGUUUUUGCAGGAGUACUUGGAAGGAGAUGGCUAGAUACCAUGUGCUUAAUCAUGUACAAUUGUGUAUAAAGUUCUGUAUGUUGCCAAGACAUGAUCUUUUUGUUCUUAUUGUAAUUUCUGUAAAUAUUCCUACCACUAAGUUGUAAAGGCAGACUGUAAAUACAAAGAUGUGAAGCUAUGUUCCUCUGUCUCUAGUACUUUAUCUCUCGUUUAGGGAAGGCACAAAGGCUUGUUUGUAUUUAUGCCAACUCUUUGUCUAGAAGAAACACAUCAGAUCUUGAAUGUAACACAAUUAGUCAAAUAAAUUUUAAAGAUUAUUCUUAUGUAUGAA